ACCCAGAAUGCAAAGUGAGACACCGAGAGCUCAGCAGCGUCGCGCUUGUUUUCAGGUUAUCAUGGCGAUAAGAGAAACAUCUUCCCCUUGAGCUCCUGCACCCACAGACACCGUCCUCCUCCUCCUUCUCCUCCUCCUCCCCCGCUGCAUGAAAACACUCUGUGGGUCCAUGCAGCGCGGAGACCCGCCGGAGCUUUAGCCCAGAUUGGAGUAAGGACAGCGAGUGAGCGUCAUGGCAGCGUCGGAGCUGUACACGAAGGUAAGAGUGAAUAUAUUUCUAUGGUGAUAGCUGCUGCUGCUGCUGCUGUUAGCACCUCAGCUACACUAACUGUCCUUGUCGCAGCUCCAGCUUCACUUACCUUGGUUUUGUCUUCGUAAACAACCUGACAGCCUGAUGUAUCCGUCAGGGAAAAUGUGUGUUUUUUAAAACUGAGGUUGGUGCUGGCUUCAAAUGAAUGAAAAUGAAACAAAAUAUACUGUUUAUAGAGUUCAAAGAGUCCUCGUGGUGUUAAAAUAUACAUAACCAUGACCUCAAACGGCUGAAUCUGAGAGAAAGGCAACGUUAGCAGAUGCUGUUUUUUUGGUUUGUUUUAUAACUGUCGUCCUUUUCAUUCACUAAUAUCACUCAGAAUUAACGCCAUGUAUCGUUAUUUUUGUAUUUUAUUACAUUAAUCUCGUUUAAAGAGGAGAUAUUGUUCUCUCCUGGUCCUUUUGUGUGUCUCUCCAUCCUCCCUGUAGAGGCUAAGGGACUGGGAUGAUGCAAAGGCGGUGCCAGCCAUCAUGGAGGCUCUGCUUUUUCGCUUUUAAACACCCUGAAUGCGUUAGCUCGAGUCCUAACCUGAAACACAGCUUUGUCUUUUCACGGUUAAAUGACGAUAUUUGGGCGUGGCUUUAGCUAACGACCCUGUCUCUGUGAUGUUAGCCGAGUACAAGCUGCAGGUUGGUUACCGCUUGGAUGCUGCAAUGAUGAGAGUUGCAUCCUGACACUUUUAGCAUCCUUUAGCAUUUGUGUGUGGACCAGCAGCAGCAGCAGCAGAGGCCCCGCAGCCUCAGUGUGGCUGUAAAAUGCUCACUUUAGAAAAGGACAGAGCUGCUGAAGAGGCCUGCUACACUGAACACUGACAAGGUCAUAAGAGAUGCUAUUGCUGCUGUAUUUCUGUUAUAUUGUGAAUGUGAAACCUCAGUCAGUGUGUGUGUGUUUGUGUGCGUGUGUGUUUGGGGGAGAAGAAGAUGAGUCACCCAUCCCCCUGCCUUGAAAGCUGGUUGCUUAGGGUUGUGGUAAAGGAGAAAUGUGACAUUGUGUGACUAUGGUGAUAAUUGUUGUCAAAAUGGUUGUACUUGCGCUAAGCAACAGGACUGUAUAUUGUCCAUUUGUUGUGAACCUUUAGUUGCGGUUGUCAGAUUAGCUCAGACAUGUGGUCAAAGACUGUAGCAGAUGACACUGGUUUGAACUCUGUGUCAGCAAAUGGUCUCUGCUGGGGUGUAGGUGGGGUGCUGUUCUGUAGCUGACCCUGACCCCUGAUCUUUAAAGAACAACAUGCACUAAAUGACUCCACUGAAGGGAGGCAUUCAGAGAAUUGCCCAACCAUAUGUGAUACAUCUAUAUUUUGAUGCUUGUUCUAAUAGGGCUACAACCAUAGACUGUAAAUACUAUGGACAACUUGGUUCUGCCUUCCGAGUUGCUGUGAUGACGCUCGGCUCAAACAGCGUAUCCCCCGGGUUAGCUCAACAAUCUUUGUACGCACAUAGGCUGUAUCAAGUGUCAAUCAUAGAAAACAUGAACCCCUAAUAACUUUUAAAAAUGGAGCUGUACAGAAAAAAAGAGGACUUGAGCACAAACCAGUCUUACAGUAACUACAACAUCACAAGCAGGGGGGAGAAAAAUGUAUAUUCUGCGUAAUAAAUUUCUUAAGUUUGUCCACAGCCCCAUAAGCUUUGCUGGCGGAGGCGGGAUUUAUGACCUAUACUGCAGCCUGUCACCAGAGGGUGUUGUUCUCGGAGUGGCUUCACCCAAUGAGGAGGCAGACGCUGUCCAUUCCAUAUACAGUCUUGGGCUACAACGUUAAAUCAGUCCUCAACCAUUGAUUUUAACUCUAGAGAUUUCAAGAUUCAAACAGUUUAUUAUGGUAAUUUUGUGGGAAACAUUUCCAGAUUCCUGCCUCCUAAAUUUAACACUCGUUUUUUUGGCUGAGGCUGCUAAUGCGAAGGAUUUGGCUUGUAGCCAGCUGUCAUUUUUGCAGACUUAACUCUGUAAGGUGCUUAUUUGGUGUGAAAUGUUUCAAUCGCAAAGGAAUUGAGGACACUUUGGCUGUUUUGUGUUGGUGUGACUGUGAGAUAAAGUUAGUCUCUGCCUUUGAAUGGUUCGGUCAGUUAUAGAAGUCAGAGCUCUCUCUGAUUUGCUUUUCCAUCACAGGGACACACUCUGCCCUUUGUGUGUGUGAGCUGGACUCAUAGAGGCUUAUUGAGUGAGUCUGAGCUGCUUGGUUAAUAUGCACAAACACACAUACAGAGACACACAGGAUCAGAUUCUGCUGCAGUCUUUGCUUGACCUCACCUCCGAUAUAAAGAGAGGUGAUUCAGAGUUGAAGAGAGAUGCUGUAAGUUAGAGAGGAGAAACAUUCAGCUACUGCUCACAACAUUUGUAAACAUUUCAGGACCAAAAAUAAAUCAGGAUUUUUUUUUAUUAGAUUAGAAUUUAGCCUGUUCCAUUUGCUGGAGCCAAAUCAAAUCAGGAUCAAACUGAAGAGAUGCCGUGAAUGUGAAUGAAACUGAGCUUUGUAACUAAAGCAGAGGAGAGGGAGGAUGUGCUCCAUUACAUUACAUGACUCAGAGAUGGAAACACGCUUCAACACACAGCAGAGUUACAAACUGCAUUUAAACAUCACUUUUACUGGACCAAAACAUUUACUGUAUUUUUGAAAUAAUAACACUCAACAUACUUAAACAAAGAAAACUCUAGUACCAUUUUAUUUUUUCUCCAUCAUGCUUUCUGGAUGGAAAAUGUUUAGAUUAAAAAAAUAAUCCUGGUGUUUUGCCAUAUUAUGUUUUGUCAUAUGUUAGUAUUUCUCAUAUUUAAGUUGAAUGCAUGACUUAUACUGAUAUUGGAAAAUGUCAACUUCCCCCUCAGACUACAUUAAUACUGUUUCUAUGAUGAUAAGGACUGUGAUGAAACCAGCAGAAACCUAUGCUGUAGAAAAAGGAAGUCAAUGCCGAAGUGCAAAAAAAAAUGCAGCUCCUUCAAUGACCACUUGAGACUGACUGCAAAAGCCAAGGACUCCUCAUAACACCAUGUUAAGAUGCCCUUUUUAAAGCAGUUUUAAAAAAGCUUUCAACCAGCUACAUAUCCUCACUCCAGAGGAUGGACUCUUUGAUAACUCCUCCAUUUUAAAGUAAUGUCGAUGGACUGUUUUUCAAAGGUUCACGUAUUUGAGGCGAGGCUGAGCUGACUGAUAGGUAGUAACUGAGCUGUCAACCCCACCCCAUCACUUUGUUGUGGGCUGACUGAAAGUCAGUUUGAGUCAGCAUUUCCAGUAUGGUGAUGAUCACUAUCAUUUAACUUCAUUAUGCCUACUCUGACACCAGUGGGUGGUUUCACUGAGACUCUGUCUUUGUUUUGUCUAUAUGAUACAUAAAAAAAUCUAAUGUGGACAGUGGGCCUAUUUUCACCCAGAUUUGGUGCAUAUUGUUAUUUAUUUAUUUAUUUUGACAGUAAUCUUAGAUUAGAUUAGAUAUCCCAGCAUAUCGCCUUGGUUACAGGAUAGCAAUAUAUUGAACCACCGCCCCUGUUUCGUGAUACAUAAUUAUACCAGUAAAGAUCCUCUGCAAUACAGACAGCUUUAUUCAAUCUGUAAAAGCUUCAACUAAUACCUAGGGUUAAUGAUGUGUAGUUUGGACAAAAAAUUUGAAAAGCAUCUGUUUCUUUGGCCAAAAACUUGAAUAUAAUCUGAAAGUGAUAAGAGAGCAAAAGCAAGAAAUCUUACAAGGCUGUAUUCACAUUUUUGCACAUAAAUACUAUAAUAUUUAACAUGCAUCAGAAAAAAAAGUGAAAAUUUUUAUAUAAGAAGAUUGAGAUUCAGUCUUUGAAUUUCUUUCCUGGUGGUUGGAAACACUGGGGAUGGAUCAGGAGUAUCACAUUGAGUUUUCACUGAUGAGCUGAUGAGGAAACAUACAGCAUGAGUUUUAAAAAGCAGGUGACACUCUUCCACUGACUGUGCUGUUUUUUUAUAGACGUAAAUGAUCUGCCCUCAUGUUAUGAAUCAUCAAUAUAUAUAGAUUAUUACUUAAAGUGUCAAAAAACUGUUUGACAAAUGCACUCCUGCUGUUCUGUCUCAUGAGAGCACACUGAUAGUGUUUAAUUUGCAACAACUUCAUGACUGGAGAGUGCCUGCCCUCCUUUGGUGUGUCUGUUAGAUGGUGAACUUUAAGAACUGCAGGAGAUGUAUUUAUGGAAGACCCUCGGCUAAAUCAGAGUUGAAUCACGUGGGUUAGAAAAUAGUGUCUGGUUGAAACUUUCAAGCAUGUCGCACUUAUGACUGCACCCGUUCAGUGAUGGGGAGGUAGGGAGUGAGUGUUGUCAUGAACAGCUGAGAGAAAGGAAAAUACCUGCCAUUACAUCACCUGCUGGGGAGCUGCCAAAACCUCAGCACGGUUGACUCCAUGACCCACAAAGCAAUGCAGCAGUGGCUGUCUCUGAUUCAGUCUACCUUCAGUGUACAGCAUAUUUCAUUUAUUCUUCCAUGAUGGCAGUGCUUUAAAGAGGGUCUUAUCUGCCAGCUGCCAGUUUGCAUUUCAGUUAUUUGCAAAACAAGAAUUGGCAACAAACACAUCAGUUCACACAGUAAUUCAAAAAAGGUUUUAUUGAAGUCCAUAUCAGCAGUUUCUGCUUCGGCAGCAGUACAUUUGGACCUUUUGUUAGCCUGGUUAUAAAGUCAAACUUCCACUACAGCUGUCCCAAUUCAGAGGAGGAAUCCUUCAGAGGGCCCACCCAUGAGACGUGAUAGCUGCAUAGACUGUUCACAUAAGUAAACCAGUUGUUGAAAGAUAAUUUGUAGUUUUAGGUUCUUUUUGACUCUCAACACUGGUACAAGCUAUUACACUGUCCUGGAACCAUAUACUUUAAUUCUGAAUUCAAUAUUCUUCAGCUGUCUCAUUUAAAUUUGCACUCAGUUAUAUUGUCUGUAUGGACUGAGCUAACCAGUGUAUUAAGGGUGGGAGAAAAAGUCAAUAUCACAAUAUUUUGUCUGGAAAUAUAUCGUAUCGUCUCAUUUACCAAGUAUCGAUUUUUCAACUUUAUAGCUAAUAUGAAGUCAAAUCUACGAUAAUGGAAAAAUAAAAUCAACUGUUUGUCCAGUGAGGCUGGCAGAGAGGACAUCAUAGAGUAGGAGAAAGUUAGUGCAACGAAUAUAAGGUUUGCAAUAUGUGCUACAUGAAAAUAAAACACAGCCUAAAUAAGACAAACAUAAAAGAAAGCCAAAUGCUGAAUUAGCUUAACAGUUGAAAAAGUUUUAUGAAUCGUAAGAUAUUGGUUCGCAAUACUCACUGUAUUGCAGAAUGUUAAAGAUAGCAAUAAUAUCAUAUCAUUGCCCAAGUAUCCUGAUAAUAUGGUAUGGUGGGGCUGAAGGUGAUUCCCACCCCUACAGUCUAUCCUGCAUGGCCCAGGAAAAGAAGGACACCAUUUUAACAGAUCAGUCUUGAAAGUAUCCUUUUAAGACUGCAGCCACUUAAUUGGGACACAGCUACAGUUUUGACGCAUUCAGAUAAAGCGAAAGCUGGAUAUCGGCAACCCUCAGAUUAGUUAGUGGCAAAGAAGUGAGGCUGUAGGAGGGUUGUGCUGCAAACAGUGUUGAACAAUGUAGUGGCUCAUCACUUAUUCUUAUAUCACAAAAAACAAACACGUCACAAUAUCAGUUUUCAUGUUAGACUGUUUCAUAUGCUGUAGAUGUUUUUAUUAAGGAGCAGAACAGACAUGCCUUCUAUCUUCAUGGUGUGAACGAAGCUGCAUCAGCUGUUGGCGUUGACGUUAGCUAACGUUUGUGUUAUUUUUUUCUCCCCAGCUCUAGUUGAGAGCAUGUGCAUUACAUUAGUGAGAUAUGGUAACCUGGUUAAGGUAAUUGUGCAGACAUGUUGUAUAUACUCUGGCAUGUAGUCAUCACCGCUCUGUCUAACAGAGACACAGAGGAAGGAACAAACCCUCAGCUUUUUAUUUGUCCAAAUGUUCUGCUUGUAUUUUAAAUCAGGUCAAGUGUGUCGAUGUUACACAAUGCUGACAUAAACAAACAUUUGGUUGAAUUUCUUAAAUGUUUGGAUUUUAAUGAAUCUACCAUUCUUUAAAAAAAAAACGGAAAAAAAAACGUACGCACCUCGUCCUCGUCUCGGUGACAGUGGGGCAGUUUGAGUUUUUGUAGCUUUAUCUGUGGUCUGUGGAAUCAUCCUGUUUGUUUGCCUGGAGUCUCUGUCUGCCUGACUACACAUGUGAUCGAGGAAGGGCUGAUUGACAGCAGGGAUGGCCAGUGGUCUUUCUAAGGGGACUUUAGGGAACCAUCGGUGAACGCUGCCUGUGUUAGCUGAUACAAUGGGAAGGUUUCAUUCAGCAGAGCGAGCUUCAGAGCUUGGUGUUCGAACGGCUUGUGUCCAGAAAACAUCCAUAAAAUCAGCAGACUCACUCACAGCAUGAGCUAGAGACUAAAGAGAGCGCGAGAGAGAGAGAGAGAGACAAGAUGAACCGGGAGUUGGAGUAUAUGUUUGUACAAGUAAGUUUUUUUUUCUUCUUCUAUCCUUUUGUUUUUCAUUCCUUCCCUCCUUUCAUUGACCAAGUAUGUUCAGUUAUGUGAAGUUUAGAACGACAGCGCAGUCUGAUCUGUUGAAGAAGAGGUCUGUAUUAGCUCUUUAGUUCACUUCUUCUAAUCCUUACAUUGCCUCUUAAGUGUGAAACAUGGAGCCUCAGUCCUGGCACACCCUCUUUUAGUCUCAACUAACCCUAACCCUGCAGAGGACAUUUUGCUCAGUAACAACCACAGGUUUGCAGCAAAUCAGAUUUUAGCCUGUAUUGAGUUUUGGUUUUUGAAUAACAGCAAAAUCUUUGUCUCCAAUUGUUAUAAUUAAAUCACUGGAAGUAGUUUGUACUGUGUACCAACUUAAGCUGAUGCAAAACUCUGUAGCAAAAAGCUUUUUUGUUGUCUGUUCAAUAAUUGUUAAGCAGGGUGUCCGUGUCCCACAGAUUUAUCAACGUUUUUAGCAAGAUGCACAAGUUUAUCGUUUAGUGGUCGUAGCAGGAACAGAGUAAGUAUCUUUGUUUUGUCUGGAAAGUGCAUGGCUUAUUUUCCUGUUGGAUAUAUUUGAUAAAAUUUGACUCGUUUGGCCAGUUGUUUAGUGUGAACAUGACACCCAGCUGUGCACUGAUUCUCCCACAUUGUCAUGACUAAGAGAAGUUAACCACACUACUCUUGAGAGUCGGUGCUGACUAAAGUAAUGAGAUUAAGUGCUGCGCAGGAACACAGCUUGUUAGGAAGCGUCUCUGAUCUUUGACCACGGCUGGAUGCUAUAGUAGUGCCAAGAGUCUAGUUUGGAAACACGAUUGGGCGUCGUGAGACUAGCACAGUUUCUCCCUGACCGGCACUGAGGGCUCUGUAUCCCGACGUCAUGCUGCGUGUGCCCAGCUGAGCAGAAAAACAGCAGAUUCUCACAUGAGUGGCAUCAUGUGACGAAGCUUCGGCAGUCUGGGCCCUCAUUGACGGCCUUACAGAGAGUAUGUGAACAAAACACUUUUCACAUACCACUGCAGCUGAUGGCUGGUUUCUGCCAGACCAUGUUGUACGAUGUUUUGAGCUUUUUGCGAUCCAGUUCCACUCAAAUCAACGUUUCCGUCUCUCCAUUCUGCAAAGACAAGGCUCAGUGUUAAAACUUAACUGUUUGCUUCAAGUCAGAGUUGUUUUUGCUCUUUUUACAGGUGGACAUAUGCCUAUGACAUCUGCUAAGAAAUUCCUGUAUCUUUAGAUGUCAUUUGAAUAAUUGUCGGAAAGAAUUACGAAACUGCAAUAUCAGCUUGUUAAAAAAUGACAAAUAUGAGAUACGUUUGCAUAGAACGCAAUCAAAAGUGACAAUGCAACAUGCUGUUUCCCAUACUGGCAGUCAUAUACUUUUUCCAAUUAAAAGUUUUGGGGUUUUGUCAACAUUAUUUGAUUGGACAGAAGAACGCUCCUAGAUCUUUUAUUUCUUUUGGGGCGAUUUUGGCUUUUUUAUUGAUAGUACAGAGUGAAAUGUGGGGAGAGAGAGAGAGAGAGAGGGGGGAGGACAUGCAGCACAUGGUCGGGGACGGACUCGAACCUGUGACCGAUGCAGGGACCGUGGUUCCCAUACAUAGGGCGCACUAACCCACUUGCUUCUUGAUCUAAUGCUUAUGAAUAGGGAUGCACUGAUUUAUCGGUUCAAGGUCAGUAUCGGCAAAUAUCAGUCUUGCUGUAAGACAUUGACACAUCUGCAAGUAAUGUACCAUACACCAGAGUCAGUGGCUGAUGUUUACCUGCACCCUGUAGCGUCCUGUCUGUAUCUUUAUCAUAUCAGUAUAAAUCUGUAGACCAAUUAAUCCCAGGUCUGGUCCUCAGACAGCAGAUCUGACAGGAGAGGGAGAGACAUCAGUGACUCACACACCACUUCACCAUGUGUGCUACAGGAGUAGACACCAAAAGUAAACACUUGGUGGGACAUCCAUGUGGUUAAUGUUCUGUUUGUAUGUCAGUGGCUUUAACCAGCUUCAGGACAAGAUGCUACUGGCAGGGGGCUUUCCUCAGGUCUCUUGAUGCAGCAGCAUGGCACCUUUACUGUUCAUGCACAAUCUCUAUUUUUCUCUGCUCCUCAAUCUCACAGCACUACACCUGUAUCUCUAACAACUUCUAUGAAAUGAGGCUAGCAAUCUCUUUUUUUGUUAAUAAUGAAGUUUGAAAAUGGCUGUUUCCAGCUUGAGUGCUGCAUUACAACCAGGCAUUAGUAAAAACUAAAACUAAAUAAGAUAAAGUAGUUGUGUGUAGGGCUGGGUUUAUGGCCUCAAAUCAAUAUAACGAUAUAUUGAGUAGUUCACCUCAAUAACGACAAAUGGACGAUAAUUACUCCACAAGCUGCUCACCCCCUUCUGCAUUAACUUCGUCUGCUUCAGCCGCUACAACCAUUGAACUGUCCUCCAUCUCCUCACCUGUCUUUCCCUCUUUAUUACGGACGUAGGACAUCUCUGAUGUAGGACAGCGUCUAAAAGGGACAUGAGACCAUAGCCAACCAACUUUUUUUUAUUGUUUUGACACCAAAUAUACUGAUAUGGGCAAAAUGAUGUCAGUUAUCGUCGUAAAUUUCUGUAUUGGUAAAUUUUUGGUUUACCGCCCAGCCCUAGUUGUGUGGAUUUCUAUUUUUGUUAAAUCAAUGAAUAUCUAUUUAAAAUUUUUUGACUAUACCUAAUUAUGAUAAGCCCAGACGGUGUUUUACAUGAAUGUUGUCUUAGAAGUGUUUAUGUUGGCACUGGUAGUGGGCAUGAGAGUCAAAGUAAACCCUCUGGCUUCAGAGGAGUCACAGCAGGCCAGAGUGAAAGCUUGGAGCUCUGCUGUAGCCAGGUGAAGUCCCUCUAAUCUGCUGUUGACUCUGUGGAGAUUUGCAAACACUUCUUGUGGACGCCCCGCCCUCCGGUAACAGUCUUACUGCCCAACACACACAUGUAUACACUACACACUAUACUCACACACUGUGUCCCUGUGCCCUGAUCUCAAUGUGACCUCCCAACCCAAAUCUUCCACUGAUGUCCUUGUGGCUUUUGCAGCAGAAUCAGAUCUGAGGUUUUAUUUUUAGUGUAUCAUGAAGCUGGCAAAGGGUGAAAGGCUGUAAAACUUUUCAUAACCUUAAAGUUUCACAUCACAUAUUUCAACAAAUCUGUCUUCAUAUAAUCAAAAUCACUUGCCUUUUCAUUAUUUACAACAGAAUCAUUUAUUUUCUCCAUUUUCUUUUUUCCUCUUUGUUGUAAUGUCUCCUGUUCAAUGCUCACAUUAUUCCCUGUUUCAGUCUGUUAUUCAGGACGAGAAUAAAAGCUGUUAAGAGCUUCCGCCAUUUAUGAAAGUCAUAAAAUCUUGGUGUAGUUGACUGGGGGGAAGAUUAGCUGGUGUUAAAGCCUGUGUUAGCCUAAUCAGCCCUGAUCCUUUGUCUCUGAUAAACCAGGAUUAGCUUCAGACCAGCCUUGUAACUCCAAAAGCCGCCGUUCCAGCUCGAAACUGACCUGCUGACAAACAUGGUGAGAAAACUGCAGAGAAAUAUUUCCUAGAGGACCAAAUGUGUCAUUUAAAACAGUAUGGUGCAGGACAUUGUUGAGGACCAGUUGUCCAGGAAUCCUAGUCUCAGGAAAGACACUUAAUUUCAUAGAUGUAACAGGUAUAUUUUUAAUGAUUGCACCACACAAAACUGCUAAUGACACCUAGUCACCUUCACCUUUUUAAUUUUUAUCAUUAUCAUUUUAUCGCCCAGCUCUACUUGGGAGUUUAGAUUCUCACAUGCAGGUCUCCCUGUAAUUGACAGGAAAUAUUAGGAGAUUAGUGCAUGUUUGAAAACAGCCAAUGUGUGUUCUGGUGACACAUCAUUUUUUAAAACAAUGACUUUGUUUAAAUUACCAAUUGUAUAUUGAAACAAUUUGUCAUCAUAAUUGAUACUCACACAAAAUAAAAAUACAGAUGAGAUCUGUCAGAGGCUGAUUUGUGUAUUUCAUGGUAGCUUGUAAUGCAGACAUCUACAGUUUGACCUAAUAAAAAAAAUAACCCCGAUGAUGUCAUGGUGACGGCAUGGAGGUGAUGUCAUGUGUCUGGACUGGAGGCGAUAACAUUUUUUAUCAGUGGAGUCAGUGUUACAAUUUUCAGAGUUUAGCAAAGACAGAGGCUCUUUGAAAAGACAAGAACAGGUUGCAUCAUGGGUAAUGUAGGAUAUAGUGUUUUUUGAGUUUGACAUGUUCUGGAGAUUUAUUUCAACCGCGCUGCUUCAAUCUGUCCAUGGUGAUUCCCUCAAACAUAUGGUCCAGAUUUAUUCUGCUAGAGUCCACAUGUAUCGAGGACGUAUAAAGUCAGUGAAGAUCAAACUACUUUAAAAUAUCGCUUUGUUUUGAACAAGAAAAUCUGUUACUUACUUUUUGCUUGAUAUAUUCCACCUCUGAUCAUUUCAUUUGAAUACAAUAAGUUAUUUCUAGUUUUUUAGUUUUGUCACACUUUCAUCAAAACAACAACUUUAACCCAUAAAAGACAGGAGACCCUGCAUGAGUGUGACCACACCCAGUGUCCUGAGGUUAAGAAAACUAAGAUAUAGAGCGACUCCUCUUGACGGAUCACCUGCAAAUAAUUUAAUCAAUGGAUAAAUCAAGUCUAUUUAUCAUACCCAUGAAUAUAAAGUCAAAUCUGAUAGUAAUCCUAGCACAUAGUUGAAUUCAUACUUAAAAAAUAGAUAAAUCGAUGAAGCUUCCUGUAUAUACAGCGAUCUCACUGCAGUGAAAGAGUCUCAGUCAUGUGAUUUCUGAUGUCACAGAUCCUCUGACGUCUUUUCCCUGAUUUUUGUCACCCUGUCCUCCUCCUCUGGUGCCGCCCAUAACGCACCAGCCCGACCAGCAUCCAUCGCUCUGUAAGGCAGACGAAGAGGCGUCUCUCUGACUCAUCACAUUCCUCUCUCCUCUUCUACAGAUUGUGUUUCGUUGUGCAGGAUUUUGUCCUUGAAACAUGUAGAAGUCCGUCUGUGCAUGUGCGGUUCAGUUUCAUCCUUCAUCUCUCCUCUGUUUUCUGAACUCAGGGGACUUUGCUGGUCUAUAAAUAUGAUUCACCGCUUCUGCAGCUGUGUUUUAUCGCUGCCUGUCUGUCUUUUUCUGUCACACUUAAAUGUUCACACGAGUGUGUGUUUUUUUCUUUUCAAUAUGCAGAGAAAAUGAAUGUGCACACCAGCUGCAUAUUUCAGCGAUAACUAAUUCAGAAUAACCGUGCCUGACACCUGGCGAUGUGUGAAAUAGGUGUGUGAGUGUGUCUUAAUUUGUGUUUGUGUGAGGAUGAUAAUGAAGAUCAGGAAGUGCGCUCAGCAGUGCAGUGAUGUCUGUGAGAGGUGUGAUGCUGCUCAAAACUGGCUGCAGCUAUUUUUAGCCAUCAUCCUCCCUCUCCUCCUCCUCCUCCUCCUCCAUCUCUUUGCCCCCCUCCCCCUUCUGUUUCUAUGAGGCUAGCUGCUAGGACGGUGGCCUGUGGGGACCAAAAAGUUUAAUUGUUAAAUAAAGCUGUGAAAUAGGAGGAGAGGCAGACACAUAUUAAUCUGUUAUUUUUACCAGUUUUCCACUGAUGCUGUCUGAGCUAACAAGUUCUGUUUUGUGCAAUAUUUAAACACAAUUUUCAACCUCAGUGUAGGACUUUUUCUGUCUGAUGAAAAUUCAAUCCAACAAAUUUUACAUGCUUAGACAUUUUUAAGAAUAUCACUGCAGUUUGAGACAAAAAUGUGCUGCUAUAGACAUGUCUGAAUUCACAGCUGGGGUUUGUUAUGACUAAACCAGCACUUCUUUUUUUUAACAGUAAUAAAAGUAUUACAGAUAGAAAAUAAAACUGCCCUCGAUGACUUAAAAAAGAUCUGUAAUUUGUAAUUGUAUGUAUUUACAUAAAGAAAUGUGGAAAAAAAUCACGUAAAUACAGAGAGCUUUUCAGCUUCACAUCCGUAUACUGACGGAAGGCGGAAGCAAGUUGUCCAUAGUAUAUACAGUCUGUGGUUAGGUGUGAGUGAUGAUGUUACAAAGAUGUGGUUUCAUGGUUUCUCCUCUUUUAGCAGCUAUUUGAUCUGAAAUGCAACACAUGCGCAGAUACCGCGACUUUAUAGUUUACGUUUAUUCAAACAUGUAUUUUUCUGUCUCAGAGUAGAGGGAGGUUUCUCACCUCAUGUUAGCUAAAGUUGUCAGAGAUUAAUGGGUAUCAACACGUGACAGGUGAUAAUUAAAAGACAAAGCAAAAAGACAAAGACAUUAUCACAGACACCAACAGAGCACUGACGACUUCAUAACCCUGCUCAUGUAUAAUGUCAGUACAUAAUUUUAAAAGAAAUUGUGGCUUAACUGUAAAAUUCAUUUUUGUUGUUUUAUGGAUAUGAACAUCCAUUCAAGCAAAGACAGGUUUGAGACACAUCAUCACAUUUAUCAGCUUUGCAGUUUCCUUCACAUUUUCACUCUCCUUAUUGAAAUGUGUUAUUUUUUAGUUUCUUGUUCUUGUAUUUGUCUAUACCAGAUUUGUUGCCUUAUUAUCUGUCAGAUAAACAUGCCACUCAGCGCAAACCAAAACCACACCACACACAGCUGUGUGUUCCUUCAAAGAAAGAGAGAGAGAAGAAUUGAUAAAGAAAACAAGAUUAGGAAAAAUCGCUUUGAAGUACCAACUCAAAAGAUCUGAACUCAUCUAUUAAUGCUCUUGAUUCAUGUAUCUUGCUUCAACAUAUUAAGUCUGAUUUUGUUGGAUGUUCUCCUUUGUGCUGUGACCAGCUUCACCUCUACACACCACUACUCCUCUAAACAGGAAGACUGGUAGACAGACAGGCGGAGACAGAGGAAGGGUGAUGGUGUGAUGGUGUGUGUGACCAUGAAAUCAUGAUUCAGAUGAUUGGUAGUGAAGCAGAAGGCUGAAUUAAGCGGUUUCCCCGUCUACAAUGAGCUCUUUUUCUCACUGUCCUAUAAGAUAGUUGGAACAGUUUAUAUAACAAAGCCAUGAAAUCAAUGCUGGGCUUCCAGAAAGUCUCUCAUCAUCAUGUGCUUCUGUUGCGUUUUCAUUAAGAGGCUGUCUGUGUUAGCAGGGGUUCACUGUUUGUGUUGAGUAUUAGAAAUAAAUGAGGCUCAGCAGAGUUAAAAUCCUCAUCUGUAAUGAGAUUACAGCUUUAUUAAAGUUUUAGUUUCCAAAUCCAGUCAUGGUGUUAUAGAGCAGAGAUUUGUGUGUGUGUGUGUGUGGAUGCUGGUUAAUAUCAGCAUAUCAUGAAUAAUGCUCGAUAAAAAGAAAAGCCACCUACUUUAGUUUCAUCAUCAAUUGUUAAUGAUUUUUACUGGUUAGGUCCAACCAAGUUACUUAAUAGAACAAAGUUGACAACAGCACUGGGACGUUUAAUGUAAUGUCUGGGCCUGACUUAGCUGUUCAGAAAGGCUUUAAUCAAAUGCAACAGUAAUCUAAUAAAGGCUGAGUGAGCUGGUACCUCUGAAUAACAUAAGACACUGAGCCUGAACAAGAAACUGUAAUCUGACUCUUUUCACCGGCUGCAUGGUAAAAUGGAAAUAUACAGAUAACUGUGCAUGAUAGAAAGUGGCUGGUUUGCUGUUACACCUAAGUAUUGGAAGCAUAAGUAUUGGAAAAUGUUUGGGUUAAGCGGAGUUCUGGUUUUAACUGUGGAGCCGGUUGUGUCAGCCAAGUUAAAUGACUGAUUCAAUAAACCGAAAAGUAGAAAUGUGCUGUGCAAGGGAUCAUGUAGAGUAAAUGGAUGAGUCUUGUUGUCUGUGAAAGGACUCUGUUAAGGUGAUCACUAGCUGCGUUUACAUGGGCACAAAUAAUCUGAAUAAAUGCCAGAUCGGAAUAAAAAAGCGUCAUGUAAACAUGUAGAUCGGAAGAUUCUGAUCCAAUGCGGCUUAAUCGGAAAGAAAUUGUAUUCCGAUCGUGAGGGGUGGUUUAUGCCGAUCGUUAUUCGGAACCAUGUCCAUGUAAACACUUGUUCCGAUUGUGACUCUCUUACCUGACUCGAUCUUCACUCUUUAGCCUUUGGCUUAUUUAUUGAGGCCAGUGCAGGAGGUUUCAUUAUUAACUCUCUAGCAUAAAACACAACCGCAGGUACCGUGUCUGCUCUCAGACUUUUGCCUUCAUAGUUCUUGAGAAGUUUUGUUAGAGCUAGGAGUUUUUGUUUUUUUUUGUAAUGAAAAAGUGCAAAUCUUAUCUCUGUGAUUUUUUUCAGAACUGUUCAUAGUUCAUGUUCGGUGGCGUUAUUGUGCUACAGUUUGCUAAAACAGAUCGGUGGUAUCCCUAUUAUUUCUGGUGGGUGUGUUCAAAUGUAUCCAAUCAUCAGAUCAGACACAGCGUUUGUCAUUUUGAUAAGCUGCUCAGGUCACUCAGUUGACACUGUGUUUGAACUCUCCUCCCAGACUUGACUCGUAUGACUGUGUUUUUAUGGGGACUGUACAGGAACACCCUCAGAAGGGAAAGUACACAAUCUUUAAAAAUGUGUAGACAGACUCCUAAAAAGUAAUUUAAAAAAAAUCUGAAUCAGAUUUUUAAUCAGUUCUGAAUGUUGGUUUGGAUUGAUUUUGGAUUAAUUGCCUCACCCUACUCCUGAACCAUGUAUAAUAGCUCAUUGCACAAAAACAACAAUUUAAUGUCAGAGCAAGUGGAUCAAAACUUCAUUUGGAACCUCAGCAGAGCAGAACCCUCAAACCUCUUCAUGUCCUCUCAUCUUCCCCCUUAUGUAAUGUUAAAUCUACUGUAAGAAACAGACAUUCAUGACACACACACACACACACACACACACACACACACACACACACACACACACACACACACGUACGGUGCAGGUCUCAUCUUGUCUGGGUUUUAAGGUCACACUUUGGUCGUCUCAGUCCUCCUCUCACUGCACAGUCGUCAGGCACACUCUCGCUCCAUCAGAAGUCAGGACUCUCUCUCUGUGUACAUUUGUAAGCUGGAUUCCUCAGCCAUGUGACUGCCAGUGUUCAUCACUGUUUUCCCACAUGUCUGUGAUCAGCUGAUCGCCCACAGUCACAAGUCUGUAAGGCCUGAGAUAGUUUUUUACUGAACUCUGUGUGUGUGCUGAUGUUUGCGUGCGUGUGGGUGUGAAUUUUAAGUCAUGACCGAGCAAUUCCCAGAAAUACAUUCUUCAGUCAUUAGGAGGUUGUAUUUGCUCAACAGUUAAUUUCCAUCAAAAGCCAUGUGCCCAUGAAUACAUAGAGUCCAGUGUUUUUUAAGGCCAUAUGGGUUUAUGAUAAACAAGGAAGUAAAAAUUCCUCUCAUUCAUCUCUAAAGAGGUUUGUUUGUAGAUGACCUAUUGGUGGGGUUUUUGGCCUUUAUGAGAAAGGAAAGCUUGAGAGAGACAGGAAGUGGGAGGGAAAUCAUGCUGGGACUGGGAACCCAUCCCUUGGAAAUCAAUGCCAUGCAAUGAGGACUGUAGCUUCUGCACAUGGGGUGUCUGCUUUACCAACUGAGCAAAACUGGCACCCUUAAAAAGAUUUUCAUUGAACUGUGUUUUGUAUAAACUCUGGUUAGUAUGUCCAAACACAGUAUAUCCAAAUCUGAAAUUUUAGUCUGGCCUUAUCGAGAAAUCGGACACAAGGAUUCUUUGUGUUGGCACUCCAGAUAUUACCAGAAAUUCAGUAGUUCAGCGUUUUAAAACCUGUUUUUUUAUCAGUCAGAAGGUCAUCAGUGUGUAACAUGAACCAACACUUUUACAUGGUGUUGCAGUCAAGAUGAAAUGUAAAGCAAAAGAGGUUUAGGUUUGCUCACUCUUAACUAUAGGGUAUGCUGGAAUAUCAUCAGGUUAUGGCUGCCUCAGCUCUUGUUUCUUCAUUUCAGUCUCACUUCAGAGCCUUGAUAAUCGGCUUCAAAUCACCUGCCUGAGCAGAUACUGCCCAGUAGGCAUCCUCCCAUCCCAUUUGUACCUCUCCAAUGCUCAGUGUUUGUAUUGAUUUGCCCAUCCGUCUUCACUACAGUUAGUAUUCCUGAAUUAUAAUCAUGUGUGAUGGCUUCAUCUUACUUUUUUCCUCUUCUUUUUUGCUCCUCUGUCUCUCAGUGUGCUCGAGUGUGGAUCCCGGAUGCAGAAGAGGUGUGGAAGUCUGCUGAGCUGAGCAAGGACUACAAAAAUGGCGACGCCUCCCUGCAGCUCAUGCUGGAAGAUGGAACGGUGAGGAUGAAUAAGACAGCAAAGAGGAAACUAUCAGUCUCUGCUCCUUUUUUUCCUACUCUUUGCUCUCUCUCUCUCUCUCUCUCUCUCUCUCUCUCUCUCUCUCUCUCUCUCUCUCUCUCUUUCAAUUUCAAUUUCAGUGAGCUUUAUUGGCACUACUGUUACUACAAUAAUGCCAAAGCAUUUUAACACAAUAAUAAUAAUAAUAAUAAUAAUAAUGGACAAAUAGUGUCAGUAUUAUGUUUGCGGUCAAAAACUGAGGAACAGCUGUUCAGGUUAUUUUUUGCAUCUCUUCUCUUCUUUUAUUGCAUGCAUUCACAUAUCUUGCUGCUUCAGAGCUCUCUCUCUCUCUCUCUCUCUCACACUCUCUCUCUUUCUCUCUGUCUCUCUCUCUGUCUGUCUGUCUCAGUUUCUGCCCCUAAGAUGCUUCAAAAGGCUUGGUCUCAUUAGCAGCUGUUGGUUUUACUGUUAGCACUCCACACAAAUGAGACCUUGCUUACGAAGCGGCCCCAGGGAGCGUUUUAAAUGUAAAGCAGUUAACAUAAUUCUUCAGCGCUCAGCUUUGAUUGCACACAGCCACCAGCACACAGUUCUUACUGCCUGCCUUCAUUAACAAGCACUCCUGUUGAUGAAAACAUGGGGCUGAGGGGGGGUGUUGAUAUCGUGCUUGAUACUUGAAUAUUAAUGUGAUCAUAUUUAAAUGUAAAGAGAUCCAUAAAGACGGUUAACUGAGGUUUCUGCCCCGAGCUGUUUCUCUUGAAAGAGGAUGGACAGAUGAGUCUUGUGAGCUGAGAUUUUUGUGGCCCACAGGGGUGAGUUAGGGUUUCAGGUUUUUGUUGAAGUAGUCAUGGUUGUCUGUGAGGGUUAGCUUUAGAACUAAAGAAGUCUUUUGUACUGAGGCUGAAGUGUCUUCAUGAACCACUAAGUCUAAUUGUUUAGGAUUUGUUUCUUCACCCUGUGAAAAAAGCUUCUUCUGCUUUUUGCUGUUUUUUGUUGCUGCUCUCAGUUGAAGAAAGCUCAACUUUUAGGACAUCUAUUAGACCUCUUUUAGACCAAAAAAUGCUCAGUGGGUUAGUUCUGGUCUUUUAUUUGUUCCAUGUGUAGAUUGUAGAUUUUUUUUUCUCUAUGAAAUAUAAAUAUGAUAAAAUUUCACACUGAGGGUUUUGUGACCUUGAAGGGGUUUUGUUCUCAGUCUUGUGUGAAGUUCGUAUAGUAGAGACAGCUGCUGAAGAUCACAGAAAAUAUUAAUUUUAAUCAGUCCGUCCAGCCAUCUCACUAUCCUGUUGUCGUUUACUAAAAGCCCCCAUGCAACUGGAUCAAAUUUGAUGCAAACCAGCAUCAGAGAGGGAAAGAGAUCCACUUUAUAUGGGUCUACAAAUGUGAAAUGUGGUUACGAAAUGUGCAUGAAGCUGACGUUUUCACAUUUAACUGAAAAACAGGAUUAACGCACAACAAUACAGCUUUGACCGACUGAUGGUUCGGCUUUGGAGCUGUGGUGAAUCAGUAGCUUGUCUUAUGACAUUUCUGAGAAGUUGUUUGUGUUUUUUUUUUAUGUAUGAAACAGUGUUUGAAUACUUGUAGUGGGAGUGGAUGUCUGUCAUUGAUGGUUUAAAAGAUGGGCUCUCCUCUGUCAGUCACUGUUGCUCAGUCAGGUCUCGAUGACCACAACAGGCAAACAUGUUAGGGAGCUUACAGGUGUGCAGCCGUGAGGAGACUCUCAAUGGAGUUCAUCCCAGGAUUUAGUUUUUCAGGAAGAAACCCUUUCAGUUUUGGAUUUUAGGAAUAAAGAAGAGAUGUAUCGUCCUCCUCGAAUGGUGAGUGGAAACAUGAAACACAGCCUAAUGGCACUGAAGGGAGGAUUGGUGCUGAUCAGGAAACCAUCAAAGAUAUAGUGAUCUCAUCUGUAGACUUUCUUUGUUUUUAGUUCCUUUAUUUCAUAGAACUAUUCUGUACAAGGCAAACGCUCUUUUUUAUUUACUUCCUGAAUAUGAGAGUCAUCAUGACAAGACCAGGUGUGAAUAAAUAAACACAUGUUUUGGUCUGAACAAAGUCCAGACUAAUACAGCAGGAAAUUAUCUGAGUCUUUGUUCUACCUCUUUCUUGUUGGACUUCAGAACCUUGAGCACAAAUUGGACCCCAAGACCAAGAACCUUCCUUACCUGCGAAACCCCGACAUCCUGGUGGGUGAGAAUGACCUCACUGCACUCAGCUACCUCCAUGAGCCAGCCGUGCUGCACAACCUCAAAGUCCGCUUUGUCGACUCCAAACUCAUCUACACUUACUGCGGUAGGCCUCUUAUUAACUAUCUAAUGAGGACUCAUUGUGUGUUAUAACUGCUUUUGUGUCAAGCUUUUCUUUCCUGUUGUCCAAGUUCAAGUCAUGCUCCUUUUCAGCAGUCUGUGCAUUUGCUCCAGAUGGUUAUACGACUGAUUUUCUGCUUAUUACAGCAUACUGUUUACCAGCUGAUUACUGUUUUGUAGUGGACAGUUUCAUAGUACAUGAGUGAAGCACUUCUUUAAUAUCUGUGACCUUUGAUAACCUUUAUUUUAUUUAUUUAUUUAUUCAUAUGUCUACUGUCUUUAUUGUAAACCUUCACACUGUAAAUAUUGUAUAACAUCCUUAUUUAUUUACACUCAUAUAAUCCUGUAUACUGUUAUACUUGUAUUGAAGUACUCUUUAGCGCUUAACUUUGACUAUCCUUAUUAAUGUUGUAUAGUCAAUGUUAAUGCAUGAGCCUAAACACAAAAGUCAGUUUUAUUUCACUGUUUUUGAAUCCUUUUAGAAAAUAUUUGCACAAUAUUUAAAAGAUUUUGCCGCAACUGAAAAGAAGAUCCUAGAAGAUGCGUCCUGCUCAGUGCUGGUGGAUUCUUGAUGCGUUUGUUUUACUGUUGAAAGUACUUUGCUGUUAAUGAAAAGUUUGACUCAGAACUACACUCCCUGCAGCUUUAGCAAAGACGUAACCCUAACAGUACUUUCAGCUACUAAAAUUGAAAUUCUUAUUUCCUCUUCCUCCAUCUAAAUGAAGUGUUACCUGGUGUGAUCAGCAACAGCUGCAUUUUGUCCUCUGGUUAAAAAAGAUGUACACAUCUUUACAAUGCAAAGCUUCAUGUAUAAAUAUAUGUAGUAUAAUAUCCUUUAAACCAUGGAAAAUUUAACCCUGGCACAAGAAAAGUAUCAGUACCAUAAGAUAGUAAUAUAAACAUAGAACAAAAUAAACUCUCUGCAAGAUACUUAGGAUAAACUCAGCUUUGAGAUUUCGUUUCCAGCAUACCCUGAAUGACAGUCUUUCACCUUUAACUUUGAGAAGAAGCAUCACGGUCUAUUACCUGUUUUGAGUUGUCACACUCAGUUGCAGGUGAGCUCACACUUUUCCUUCUCCUCAAUCACAGGGAUCGUUCUGGUGGCCAUCAACCCCUAUGAGACGCUACCGAUCUACGGCACAGACAUCAUCAAUGCCUACAGCGGUCAGAACAUGGGAGACAUGGACCCACAUAUCUUUGCUGUGGCAGAGGAGGCUUAUAAACAGAUGGCCAGGUUUGUGUGUGUGCUUGUGUGUGUUACCUGAGCAGCCUUGGUUGUAGUCUUGUUGCUCAACCUUCCCUCAUUGCAGUUUGUAGGUCAAAGCUGAGACAGAAAUAGGCUCAGGGUGGUCUCACAGUGUGUCUCUGUCUUAAACCACACACUAACGCACGUGUAUACACUGCCUCUCUCUACUGGUGAAGAUGAAAAACUAACAUAUAAAAUAGUUAGCUAAAUCAGCUGCAAAUAACAGCCUCUUUUUCUUAUGCUGAUUCAACUAAGUGUUAGUUGAAGCUUUCAUGUUUGACCUUUAAUGUGAGAUGAGGCUGCAAAGUUUUAUUCAAAAUCUUUAUUUAAGUACAGGUGCAGCGAAAAAAAUGUGAAUGUCUCUAAAAUGUUCCCUUUUUUCCUCAUAAUUCAAUUUAAAAGUGAAACUAAAAUAUUCUAGUCAUCACAUACAAAAUGAAAAAGACUUGUAUUGUUUUGAAUCUUGUUGAUAACAGUUCACAAACAUCAAAAAUCCACUUUCUCAGAACUUUAUAUUAUAAAACACCAAUCCAAAAAAAAAGAAAAGGAUUUAUGAUACAGUAAUGUCAACCUUCUGGAAAUUGAUAUUCAUUUAUGCCCUCAGUACAUGGUCAGGACUCCUGAUAUGAAUUACUGUGAUGUGGUGUGGAGGCAGUCAGUCUGUUGGGGUAUUAAAAAGUUCGGGUUGUGUCGAUAACUCCUUCAGCUCGUUUGUAUUGUUGCUCGGUUGUCUCGAUCUCGAUCUUGAAGCUACCCCUUAGAGUCUCCUUGGGGCUCAGGUCAGGCCAGUUGGCUGGCCAAUCAACAGCAAUAACACCACGGUCAGUAAACCAGUUUCUGUUAGUUUUAGGGUUGUGGACAGGUGCCAGGUCCUGAUGGAGAAGAAAAUCUGAACCUCCAUAAAUCUUCUACGUAGAUCGAAGUAUUAAGUGCUUUAAAGUCUCCUGGUAGACUUAAGGCUGUGUUGACUCUGGACUUGAUUAAAAUACUAUUGGCCAACACCAGCAUGUAUCAGUGAUAUUUCAAAACUUUCGAUAUCGUCAUAUUGAAACACACUGAUGAUAAGAGUUGGGUAAAACUUGAUUUGUUUAGACCUUUCUUUAAAAGAGUAACAAACUUAUCCAUUGUAAACCCUCGAAAAAGUAAAGUGUAAGAAGUUAGAAAGAAAGUUAUUAUGUGGGUAACAUUAAAAAUACAAACACCUCAACAAAUACAGUGCUUUAGCAGCCAUGGGAGGAGACAUUUGAGUGAGGACAGAAGAGACAAAUUUCAUCAGUAAAAGAAAAAAAAAGGGUGUGCUUCGAGAGUGUAAUGAGGCGAUCUUAAGAAAAACUGCAGAGAAGGAGGCAGACAGUAUUGCGUCAGGAUUUGAUCUCACAAGGAGGGCAGCGUGCAGAGAUGUCAAAGCCUGACUAGCUACAGAGGGGUUCAAAAGAUGUGUGAACUCCUUCUCUGCUUCUGAGCACUGAUAAUAUUUGUUCAUGAAAGCCUUUGACUCUCUCUGGUUUGGAAAGGAUUGAAGCUCAGCUUUGUUUAUGUCAAACUUUUCAUGAUUAAUUAUCUCAGGAUCAGAGCACAUCACGCCAAGCGCUGAGGUUCAGCAUUGUUUUCAUUUUUGUCUACGAAGCUAACGCUACAACAAUGUUUUUGUGGUUCCAUUUCUCAGGGAUGAAAGGAACCAGUCCAUCAUCGUGAGUGGAGAGUCCGGAGCAGGAAAAACUGUAUCAGCCAAAUACGCCAUGAGGUACUUUGCUACAGUCAGCGGGUCCGCGAGUGAAGCCAACGUAGAGGAGAAAGUGUUGGCGUCCAACCCCAUCAUGGAGGUGAGGACUGAAGGUCGAUGAGGGGCUCUGAGGAGAGAGACUCACAAAGAAACUGAGACUUAACGAAAUAUCGAAUAAAGUGGAAAUUUCAAGUUUCUCUCAGAAAUUUAAAACACUGUGUGGAUGCUGAAGAUUUAGGAAGAGAUUUUCUAAAUAAGAUUCAGUUGCUUUGCAGAGGCUGUGCCCUCAAAAUCAAAAGACCAACACUUAGAGAUGAAAUGUGUGAAGGACUUGAUCGAGUUCUGCACUUUCACUGUGAAUUUGUUCUGAAAGUGAAAGUCUUGCAUCAUUUUUUUUUCUGGCAGUUUGGACUCAGUGGCUUGUUUCCUAUGACAAACUUCACCUAAGGAAGUCUCGGCCUUAUUUAUGACUAUAAACUGAACGUCAUUCAGCUUGACAUCCUCCGGACUUUUCCUGCCUUGUUCAUUUCCGACCCUCUCUACUGUCAUUUUCCCCUCGAUUUUCCCCCUCACUUUGUCUCUUUCUGGCCUCGAGCUGCACUCUGCUGUGAUAACACGGCUCUUAUGCUUAACAGUGUGUGUGUUUUGUGUUUCUUCCUGCCGAGUCAGAAGGACAGGGGGGUUGGAGAGCUCUCCUGUGCCCAUAUGCCACAACCACCACCCCUCUCCCUCCUCCUCCUCUCUUUCUCUUUCUCUCUUCAACCUCCUGCCAUCCCCCGCCCUGACUUUCCUCUCCCACCGUUCCUCUAGCAUCACUCUCGUCUUCCCAGCCAACACUUUCACCUCCAGCCAAUCAGAGACAAGCUGACAGAAUGAAUGGAAAGCUUUAUAUCGUUGCAGUGAUGUCACUUCAGCCUCUGAGACAGGAUACAGAGUAGAUGGUUGCAUCAGCCUUGUGGAUAUUACAAAACCUGUGUGUGUGUGUGUGUGUGUGUGUGUGUGUGUGUGUGUGUGUGUGUGUGUGUGUGUGUUUGUUUACGUGUGUGUGUUUGGCUGAGGCAGGAAGAGAUUUUAAUACCUGCACUGCUGAAAGAGUCCUUGUCUGCAGUGAAAGACUAUGUGUGUGUACGACCUUAACUCAGAAAGAACCCUCUGUGCUCAAACACCAACUCUGCUGGCUGAUUGUGUAGCUUUCUGUGUGUGUGUGUGUGUGUGUGUGUGUGUGUGUGUGUGUGUGUGUGUGUGUGUGUGUGUGUGUGUGUGUGUGUGUGUGUGUGUGUGUGUGUGUGUGUGUGCAGCCCCGCCCGUCUGCUGACACUUCCUUGUAGGAUCAUUGAUCAGUUCUGCUUAUUGAACUGAGGUUGCUGACUACAGAUGAUUUAAAAAGUGGCUCAGCAGGAAAUUCCCAUCUACUCGUUCAGCUCUUGUCUAUGCAGACAGACGUGCAUUAAAGCGUGCUACUGAUCUGUCCACCACAAACAGUUUGUUUUCCAGUUGUGAACCAAAUGAACAGGAUCACAUGAAGGGUUAUUUAAGAACCAGGUGUUUGGUGCUUUGAAACUCAGACAGACAGACUGUGAACUGAUUUAUAAGACUGUUACACAAACAGGAAGAGCUUUACUAAUUAUAAGAAUAAAAACUCUCAGAAAAAGCUAACCUAAUUCUGUACAAGCUAACAAAGUCUGCAUGCUGACAACAAUAACACCUAUUCAUUGAUAUGUUUUUACAGUUGCAGUCAUCUACACAGAAAAAACAUGGCGCUGCGUUAAUAAGACUCCAGGAAAACGCUUGUCUUUGCCCUAAGAUUGCACAUUGUCUUCCUUUAGACCAGUGGUUCUCAAGUCCAGUCCUGGAGGCCCACUGUCCUGUAUGUUUUGGAUGUUUCCCUGCACCAACACACCUGAUUCAAAUGAUCAGCUCGUUAUUCAGCCAUUACAGAGCUUGAUAACGAGCUGAUCAUUUGAAUCAGGUGUGUUGGAGCAGGGAAACAUCCAAAACAUGCAGGACAUAUCUUAGGUUGGGUCUUGAUAAUUCAUCAAACAAUGAGCGUGGUCUAGACCUGCUCUUGUUCUUUAAAAAAAAGCGUCUUUGGAUGAUGACUGUUGUGAAUUGGCGCUAUAUAAAUAAGAUUUGAUUGAUUGAAUUGAUUGAUUGACAGUGGGCCUCGAGGACUUGAUUUGAGAACCACUGCUUUAGACAGAUCCACUUCAGCUUUUGCACUCUAAUUUCAUUGGCUAAAUCCUAAACUGACCCACUUAUGCAGCAGGUUUAUUGUUUAUGAGAGAAAAGUGUCAAUCUGCAGAUCAUUAUCUCUUGAAUGUGGCAGAUGAUCAUCUUUAAAAAAAAAAGUAUUUUUCUCAUAUUUUCAAGUACAGUUGCCCGUUUGUAGUUAAUUCUUUACUACUAACCAGAGGAAGGACUGUUAUUAUUUGAACUGUUGUAACUUUGUGUGUGACAACAGGACACACAUCUGCACCCUAGAUGUGAAGUCGAGUAUGCAAAUCAAAAUGUGCUUUUGGGUCAUUUGCUGUGUUGAAAUGAAAACACAUCUGGUUUUAUGGUUUAAUCUUUUGUUUAAUAUCAUCUCAGGCCAUUGGAAAUGCCAAAACCACCCGAAAUGACAACAGCAGCCGCUUUGGGAAGUACAUCGAGAUCGGCUUCGACACCCGUUUCCGGAUCAUCGGCGCAAACAUGAGGACAUACCUGCUGGAGAAAUCUCGAGUGGUGUUCCAGGUGAGUACAUAUUUCAGAUCACAUCAUCACUCACAGAGGUCGUUUUUUGUACUUCUCGUUCACCACAUAUGUGCAAAUAGACAGCAAUUUUGCAAAACUGCAUUUGGUCAAAACCUUCAUCUUGAGUUCUGGUACAGAGAAGCAGUGGGCAUUAAGAAACAGUUGCUACCUUUGCAGAGGCUGACAAAGCACAGACCAAGGUCACAGUGGUGUUGAUGUGCCCUUUGGUCAGAUUACUAAAGUUUCUUAAAGCACAGUUAGACUUCUGAUGUACUCUUCAGCAUUUUUCUAAGUGUGCUGUUCAUGAUAACAGACAUCUUGAUCUAAUCUAGCAGUGAUUGUUUAUGAGUCUUUUGAAUGAUUUGGCAUAAGUAGUCCACUGCAGCCCGUUUUCCUCAUUAUUGGAGGUGUUUUAUGAGUCAGCACUCAUGAAUGGAUGUAUUUACACCGUGUUUUACAGCCAUAAUGUGACACAUUCAGAAGUUUGUUGGCCAGCAUCAGAACUGUUGUUUGUCAGCCAACUUCUGUGAGUUCUAGCCAGAAAAAUGGGAUCAUAUCGAACCAGAAAGUUAUUAAUUUUUGCCAGAGAACCUCUAAGUAGCAUGCCACAGCCCAUUUUUUUCUCCUAUUGCCAGUUUCAGACUGUACUAUCUCUUUGAAAUGAAAAAUGCUGGAUGUAAUCCAAAAACACCUCACUUGCAGUCUCUCACAUUGAAACAGUGAGGCGUACACUGGUCCUUUACUGAGUGUUUUCAGUCAAACAGUUCAGUGCUUUUCUUAUGCAUGAGGUCCCCACAAGUAUGAAGAAGUUUAGUCAAGCAGUCACAUAGGAAUCACACACACCUACACCCAUGCUGUCCAUUUAUCAGAACUUGUAAAAUAUAACUCAUACAAGUCUAACUGCUAGUUUGGCUCCAGUGUCCCCGGGAGCUGAAGAAAUAUGCAGCAAUAAUUUCCUUCUCCACAAGCACAACUAGGAGGAAACAAAGUCAACCCAGAACUCAACAAACAAUCCAUCAAACACGCUGGGUUACAGCACAGCCAUUCUCUUCCCUUCCUGUUAGUGUGAAAGAUAAUUCUGCGUAAAGUCAUGAUUUAACUUGUUUUCUUCUCCCUCUUUAAACACUGAGAAGACUCAGAGAAGUCAAACUAGUUCAUCCUUUACAAGCAUAACAACUCAACAGUAGAUUUGAUUAAGAUACAGUUGACUCACUUUCUGUCUUAUGUAACUUUAUUGUGUAUUCAGUGAGUGUCUUUGCUCCCUGGUGGAGCCAGUUGGGCCGUAUUUUGGGUAAAGAACAAGCGUAUUACGUCUCUGCGCCCACAUGUGCGCAUGAGUGCGCACACAGACUGGUGUCACAGAAAACACUGUUGAGGAAUGAGGAUGUUGGUAGAGACGGAGCAUAAACACUCUUCCUCCUCACAUUUUUCUCAUGCUUGGCUGGGUAACACCCGUUUAAAGGUGUGUGUUUGAGUUGAAUGUGGGGUGAAGCAGUUGCUUUGUUGGAGAUAAGAAGCUGUUUUUACAGCAAACUUCUGUUAAAGCUGUGAACAUAUAUUGACUUAAGAUGAAUCAGUAGAUCAGGCGGUUUCUGAGGGUUGGGAAUAACAGAGUGACCAGCACAGGUGGUGAUAGGAUAGAAUACAAUACGGUACGGUAUGAUAACCGAUACUUUGCCCUCAACUUCAAUAAUAUCUGAGCACAGGGAAUCUUUAAUAAUUGUUGAAUUUCCCAUCACACCAUUGGAGCUUGCAGAUAUCAGUCUCUACCAUUGUACAUUUGUAAAGUACGUAUAAUCAUGUGUCAGUGCAGAUACAAUAGAUGUUUUUCUUCAUGAUGUAGAAGAAAAGAAGAUGCAGUGUAGUUCUGAAUAUCAGCAGAUCAACUCUAAUCAUGUGAGGAUUUUGAAUUCUUCACUUAUCUUUAUGUUGUCUUUCAGGCGGAUGAGGAGAGGAAUUAUCAUAUCUUCUAUCAGCUCUGUGCAUCAUCCCAUCUGCCUGAGUUCAAGAAUCUGAGGCUGAGUAAGUUACACACACACACACACACGCACACACACACACACACACACACACACACACACACACACACACACACACACACACACUGCAGCACAAUCGACACAACAUAAAUCAUAACAAAACAGUAGCUGCAAAUCUAUUCACUAUAUUACUCAGAAGAGAUAGCUCUGCAUUUUCUGACUUAAAGAAAUUGGUUUUCACAUUAGCAUCAAUUAAAAAGUUGAAAUUAAUACACAAUACUUGGUGAUUAUAAAACUUUAAAACCUCUUAUUCUUUUUAUUUUCUUAAGUAAAUGAUAAAUUAUUUUUAUAGUUAAAAAGGAUGACGAGUCAUCAGUCAGCAAUGGUCCUGCACUGCUAUCUGACUUUGUGACAAGGUUAAAAGGGGUGGGACUAAGAACAGACCAGGAAAAAUACUAAUUUUAAUGACUAAUUUAUCGUGGUAUAUACAUUUCUACUGCAGCUACCUCCUAAAAUUGUUCCUGCGUUGACCAAUCCGACAGCCCUUCAUAAAUCUGUCACCGUUCCUUAUAAAACCUAAAAAAUCUUCCUCGAGGCGUCUCAAGAGCGCCACCAGAUAUCAAAUUGAAAUUCACUGAGCCAUUGGCACAAACAGGCUCACAUACAGAGCACCCCCACUGUGGACCUGCACCUGCUCGUCCAAACCACGACACACACACACACACACACACACACACACACACACACACACACACACACACACACACACACACACACACACACACACACACACACACACAGAAACACAGAAACACAUACAUACAAACACAGCUGACUGCUUUGCUCACUGAAUGGGCUGGUGGUCUCAGUCAUCUCAAUCCCCCUUGUUGCCAGGCAACAGGCCAUGCCUCAAUUUGGUGUAAAGUGUGAAUAAAGACAGUGGUUGUGUGAAAGUUAGACUAACACCAUUCUUACACUGAAGUGCGUCUGACUUCAGUCUUUUCUGAGAACCCUGAACCAUCUGUUAAACAAGCUCACAGACACUUUCAGGCAAAUUUCACUGUUUCCCCUGAAUUCACAUCAUCUUUAUAAGAGUUUGAUUUCUGAAAAUGUGCCUUAGCAAAGCAUUUCCAGCCAAGGGCUACUAAACGAAGCAUAAUAAGUUACCUGGAGUGACAGUCUAUGAAGACACUGCAGUGUAUUAUUUUCUUCCUCUACAAUAACUGAUUCAUCAUACUGCUGGUUUGACAGUUUAGCAUAACUAAUCAGGAUUAUUUCCAAGGUUAUUUGCUUGCCUCCCCUGAGCCCUGGCUGAGUGUUUUGUUUAUUAAUAGAUUUGUUUUUUUCGUUUCUUUAGGUUUAUUUUUGUGGCUUUUUCUAUGCCCAGUGCAACAAGGAUUGAAGCCUCUGUACUUGAGGCACUCAGUUUAAAUGCAAGGCCACCAGAGAUUUAUUAAACCCUUUUGGAAACCCACAAGUGUAGGACUUCAACAGGCAUUCACUUAAAAACAAGUACUCAACUUAUACUGUGUCCCUAAAAAUGUAUCAACAUGUAAUUUAAAGAUAUGUGCUGGAUCUCGGUGUGAUCACAAUCCAGUGCAGCAAUAUGUAAAAAAAAAAGAAGGGUCUAUGUAAAGGGGGAUGAAAUGAUAACAUGGUUUCACCAAAGUUGCACAGUCUGAAACUGCACACUCAGCUCAUUUCACUCUCUGUUUUUCCACUCAGGUAGUGCAAACGACUUUGCGUACACCAGACAGGGCCGCAGCCCCGUUAUCGAGGGAGUGGACGACACCAAGGAGCUCUGCACCACUCGCAAUGCUUUCACGCUGCUGGGUAAGCUACACGCUUUAACAUGUUGAGACAACUCAAGUAACUGCAGGAUAAAUGUAAAUAAAAUACACAUUGUAGGUAAACUUUUGUGGUUGAUGCAUUUAGGGCUAUUUUGAAUGUCACUGAGAAAAUCUGGUUGAAAUGAUGAGUUGAGUGUACAAUAACCAGAGUUCUUUCUGUCUGUCUGUUUGCAUUUUCAUCCUCUACAGGAAUCAAUGAAAGCUAUCAGAUGGGGCUGUUCCAGGUUUUGGCUGCUAUACUUCAUCUGGGAAAUGUGGAGAUUAAGGACAAAGAUGCAGACAGCAGCAUCAUUCCUGUGAGAAAAAUGUUUAUCUGUCAAUAAUCCGUUGUUAUAAUAAAAUGGUCUAACAGACUGCAUGUAACCCACAGCCAAAAAUUGGAGCAAAAAUGAUUUUCAUGUUUUUACCCCCAUUUUUUAAAUGUGCAUUUUGUUUGCAAAUCCCACUCCUGUUCUUGUGUUUUCUGAUCAGUUACUAUGUGGAAAAAUUAGACACAAAUGGCCUCUUACACAGCUUCAACCUUAAAUAAGUGUAGCGAAACCCUUUCAAAUAUUAUAUAAGUAUAUUAAGUAUUUGAGCUGAGUUAAGGAAAUACAAGGCAAAGCUGUAUUGCUCUCAUGUUGUAGCAUCAUGAUUUAUUCACCACAAUCAUGGUGUAUUUCUCCUCCUAAUGCCCCAAAUCUGUUUUCGUCUUAUAGCCCAAUAACCGCCACCUGACAGCGUUCUGUGAGUUGGUUGGCGUGUCCUACCAAGACAUGACUCAGUGGCUGUGUCACAGGAAGCUGAAGACGGCCACAGAGACAUACAUCAAGCCCCUCCCUCGUCUUCAGGCCACCAAUGCUCGUGACGCGCUGUCUAAACAUAUCUACGCCAAACUCUUCAACUGGAUUGUGGAGCACGUCAACAAAGCCCUGAUCACCAACGUGAAGCAGCACUCAUUUAUCGGGGUCCUCGACAUCUACGGGUACGUCUGUACAGUUUCCCCGUUUGUGGGGUAACUACACAUACCAGGGAAAACACAGCAGGAAAGAUUUGGGGUUAGUUAUAUAACAAAGGCAGCAGGUAUCAUUCGCGUAGGUUUAUAUUUUAAAUAAAAGAUGGUUUCCAGCUGCUUGACUCUGUUAUUCCUCUGAAGGUUUGAGACAUUCGAGAUCAACAGCUUCGAGCAGUUCUGCAUCAACUAUGCCAAUGAGAAACUCCAACAACAGUUCAACAUGGUGAGCAGCUUUGUGUUGUCACUAUUCUAAGAUGUGGAGUGGUAUUUAUGUAUUUCCAUGAAUUUUUACAUUAACCUGUGUGUAUCUAUGUGUGUGUGCAGCAUGUGUUCAAGCUGGAGCAGGAGGAGUACAUGAAGGAGCAGAUCCCCUGGACUCUGAUUGACUUCUACGACAAUCAGCCCUGCAUCAACCUCAUAGAAGCAAAGAUGGGCAUCCUGGAUCUGCUGGAUGAGGAGUGCAAGGUAAAAAUGUGAAGCUCUUGUGUGUAUGCAGUUUGAAAGUCGUCAGAAAUAUAACUUUUAAUACCCACCUGCUGGUGAUACUGAGUAUGAACAAGCUUAUGAGUCUAGCUUUCUGAGGCUAUAAAUCUGAAACAUCUGUUGACAUUUGAGGUGGUCCACACAUUGCUGUGAUUAUUGUGAAGUGAGUAAGUCUCAGACUGCAGAUUUUGUUUGACUUCUUGGAAGAGAGAUAUGAACCUGUGUUUGCUUAUACUCUGUAACCAGAAAAAAGGAACUCUUAAAGGUUUAUAAAUUGAAUUGUUUAUAUUGAAUUUUUCAUAUUUUAUAUAUAUAUAUAUUUUAUAUUUUAUAUAUUUUUUUAUUGUUUAUGUAUAUUUUUUAUAUUUAAUAUAUUUUUUAAUUGUUUAUAUUGAAUUUCUCUUCGGGGAUAAAAUAAAAUAAUUCUUAUUCUAGUUAUUCUUAUAAGACGCGAGUCUCAUACAAUGAUGCAUUUGGAUACCUAAAAUAUUCAGUUUUCUCUCAAUGUGUGCACUGAGACAGAUGGUUAAAUAUUUCCUUACUCAUAGUUAAUUUCUUGUUUCAGAUGCCCAAAGGUUCUGAUGACUCAUGGGCUCAGAAACUUUACAACACCCACCUGAAGACCUGCUCCCUCUUUGAAAAACCGCGCAUGUCCAACCGCGCCUUCAUCAUCCAGCACUUUGCUGACAAGGUGGGCUUGACUGACAUUUUAUGUGCUUCAUGUUUGUAUACAUGUAUGGUUUUAAAAGUGUCUAUUUCAAAUGGAGGCUGCUGAUGGGUUUUAAAAACAGUGAUAUAAGAUGGGAAACAGUUUGAUGCAGUAUUGUACAUUUUUAGCUCAAACAGCACCAUUUAACAGCAGAUGGACCGCAGUGGCUGCUGCAGAGCUGGGGAGAUAUUUUUAGCAUGGCUGGAGGACUGAUGGCUUUUUUGUUAACAUUGUUUUCACAGAAAAAAACAAAGUGCUUAAGCAAGUGAUGUAUUUACAGUGUGCUUGUGUGCGAGUAUGUGAAUGUUUGUGCAGGGUGUACAUCCCUUUGGCUAUUUAGGUUUCAUAUCUUGUAAUGAGGUGCAGGAUGACACAGUGUUAUUUUCAUCUCUGUUUUUAGAUCCUCACUCUAAGGUUACAGAUAAAUAGGGUCAAGACUAAUGCAGGCUUUCCCAAGAGGCAGCCUGAUAUUAAAUUGAGAUCCGUAGAAAAAAUGGAAACACUUAACUUGAUGCCUGUCUCUGUAAUGCAUUAUGAGUAUAUGUAUAAUGCGUUAUAAUCACGUAAUAGCACUGUAUAACUACAGUUAUGUAAAUGAUCAUAAUGCUUUAUAGCAAUAAUCAUAACACAUUAUGAAGCAUUUUAUCAUGACUUUCAAGGUCAGGUAUUAUAAUGUGUUGUAACUCUUAACAACUCACUGACAAUGCCCACAUAGAUUUAACAUGUAUUUAUGAUGUUUUAUAAUUUGCUUAUAAACUUGCAUAACUAUCAUUAUAAUCACUCAUAAAUGAUCAUAAUACUUUAUAACAAUAAGCAUAACACAUUAUAAUACCUGACCUUGUAAGUCAUGAUAAAAUUUUUCAUAAUGUGUUAUGAUUAUUGUUAUAAAGCAUUAUGAUAAUUUCCGAGUGUUUAUAACUAUAGUUACACAGUGCUAUAACGUGAUUAUAAGGCAUUAUACAUAUAUUUAUAAUGCGUUAUAGAGACAGCAUUUAUAAAGAAAAAUAAACUGGCGGACAGGAAUGAUCUUUUUGAUGUAUCUACAGUUCUCCUUCAACUGAUAUAAAACUAAAAGAGGAAAUCACUGUUUUAUGAAUAUACCUCCAACAUCAGAAAACUUGAAUACAAGGUCAGAUUAGUCACUGGGGGAAAGUGGUAUGUACAGAUAAAUACAAAGGGAAGUUGGUCAACUUUUAAACAGGGUUUAAUUACCUGUUACAUACCGUUUGGAAAAAUCCUUGCUGCUAUUCUAACACAAACUGUGAUGUUCUUGUGCCAUAGGUGGAGUACCAGUGUGAUGGCUUCCUGGAGAAAAACAAAGACACGGUCAAUGAAGAACAGAUCAAUGUGCUGAAGGCCAGCAAGGUGCGGAGUCCACACACAAACACACAGCAACAUGACACCAUGCACAGUCAGUCUCAACAACAUGUAUGUUCAGAGAUCAGUGCCAAGUUAUUGUGCUAUGAUGCCAGUAAACCUUUAGCUCAUGAAGAGUAUAGGUGACACCUGGUCCGUGAGUGAAAAAUAGGCUGUUGUUUAAAGACUCAACAUCCAACUCGUCAUGCUCUGGAUACAGCGCCCUCCGUUGGCCAUGUAGAGGUAGUGAACAAACAGACAGUGAAGCCAAAUACUUCACUGAGGAAAUCCAUGGCCUGUAAGGGGUUCUGCAAAAUAGACAAAUCUAAACACUCUCACUGUAAAAUCAAUCACUGUCAUAGACUCACAUCCAAUAUCUUGUUUCUGUAUUUUCAACCAAAUCUUCAACAAUUGAUGUGAGGAAACAGAAGACUAGAACUAGGGGGGAGUACAAUGCAGUAAUGGCAGUAUGCAAAAGUAAAUGCAGUACUACUUAAGAUAUUGUACCACUUGGUUUUUUUAAAUCAUAAUAAUCACCAAAAAUGGGAACAAACAUCUGUUAAACUGGUUACCCUUCCUUUAUGAACACCUACACAUGUAUCACACGUGCUAUUAAGCUUCACUUUGUCACAUCACAUCCAAAUCAACCUCACGUGCGUGCUCGUGUGUGUGUGUGUGUGUGUGUGUGUGUGUGUGUGUGUGUGUGUGUGUGUGUGUGUGUUUGUGGGCUGUUUCUGUCUUGAUUCACCAGCAGUGUGUAAAACCUGGUUUCAGUGAAAGGGGCUUAAACCUUUGAGUCCUUACUGCUGUUUUGGCAGCAUAACACACACAAACACACACACACACACACACACACACACACACACACACACACACACACACACACACACACACACACACACACACACACAGACUAUGAUUCAGUGUGUUUGUCCAAAAGCUCACAGUGACCUUCGAUUGUUCUCUUAUAGACUUCACCAAAAGCAGAACUGGGUAAGGGUUCAAAUACUGUCUGCUCUAACCUCUAACAUGACUCUUUAUGGCGAGCGCACACACACACACACACUCACAGAGACUUAGUGGGAAGGUUGCCAUGGAAAUCAGGAAGACUUAAACAAGUGGGAUUAAAUGGUAAUGAGCUCUUAAUGAGAUUUAGUCUAAUUAAAUUUCAUUUUACUUCCCUGCCAAGCCUGUCCCAUCACAAUGCGCUGUGUAUGGAUGAACACCAGUGUGUGCGAGGUUGUGUGCAGUCCAGCUUCCUUCCUUUCCUGAUUGUUCACCCAAUAAAUUAUUUUUAAAUACUAUUGUCUUUUUUUUAUCCUUGUGGCAAUUCUUCUCUUAACUUUUCAUAGCUGCCUUUGACAGAAGGAUUAAAACUUCAGCUGUUCGAGAGCUAGUGAAAAAUUAUUUUAGCAACAUAAACCGCUAAAUAUUUCUACUGCAUUAACCAGCCGACACAGAAACAUGUGAAAAAAUUAAAGACAAUAGAUCAAAUAUCUAAAUUUAUGAGGCCUUAAGGCUUAAAUUCAGUUUGUAACAUGCUACACAUUAUCAGCAGUUUAAGACGACAGAGAAAAACUCUAGUUGAUGUUUUCUACGUUUUGUUAAUCAUCUCUAAUGGAUCACUGUUAAUUAAACUGGACUUCAUUAAAGUGAUCACCAAGAUCUGAUAACAAGGUGACAUUGCUAAAAUCAAAUUGGGGCACUCAGAUGAUCAGAUUGAGAGCAAGCUCACAGUUCAGUCUAAUCAAUUAAACACCUUUGAUUACAUAGACUCACAGUUAGCAGAGCUGGAGGUUUGACCAAUGAUCCUAAACUGUCCAAGAAAUCAGAGACAACAACUUUUAGUCAAAAUUAUUCAAGAAGGUCAGAAUGUGUGAGCGCACUGCAAUCCACCUUUUACCUUUAAUUUCUCAUCCACUUGUUUAAAAUCCUCACAUCAUCAUCAUCUGGCUAUUUUUUUUUCUACAUUUUUUCGUAGAAACCUCACUGAUUUCACCGAUCUGAGAAAAUAAGAGUUUAUUUUUAUGUGUAGCGCUGUUGAGGUCCAUUUCUUCCUUCAUUCUACGUCUGCGGCUCUGAUCAAUAUGCUGCACUCAGGAAAUGUUUGAUGCAAAGAUGCCGAUUGGAUUUCCCAUGAUGCACCAGAUUUCACAAAUGUUAAAGAAACAACUAAUGAAAUUUUAUUGUUGCUGUUUUCCUUGAUUUUAUUUUUUGGAGGCUUCGUAAGGUGUUCAGUGGAAAAAUCAUCAUCCCAUCAUGUUCUCACCGUCCUGUUUAAACUCCAUCAGUCUGCCUGCUUGUAUCUCCAUUUCUCUUUGAUUUUGUAGAUGUGUUGUAGAGCUGUUGAUGGGUUAUCAUGGUUUUUAACUUGAACUGGACGUUUGGGUUUCCUUUUAAUGCCAUCUGUGUUUCUUUUUGUCACUGUGUCCCCAUAUGUUGUCCAUGUAUGUUUGGUUCUGUCCUCAUCAUGACAACCCUUCCCUGCCAGCAGAAGGUAAACACAGGCGUUCUUACAACGCUGGUCCGCCUGUCCCUUAGCUUCUUUUUCCUCUGCCCUCUUUUUCUUUCUCCUUCUUCCUCUCUCUCUCCCUCUGGCACAGAGUUACUGUCGCUCUCACAGCACUGAGGAAAUUUAAGUUGUGUAUGUGUGUGUUUGCUGCAUGGGGAGCAUUAAAGGCACUCUGGGAGGAUUGCACAUAAAAAAUGGAGGGACAAAAGAAGACGGUUAUGUUUUCAGAGUGACGCUGAGAGCGAGCGGCACGUAAAGCCUUUGUUGCUCUGGCUGCGCUGCUUAAUGACGCUGACGAGAGAAGCAGCAUGGCAGCACUGAGAGCUCAGCAGGAAGACUUGAAGCCGUGCAGAAACACAGCAUCCUCCUCGUAUAACCUCAGUGUUAUAUGGAACAUGACUGAUGUGUGUUUGCUUUACUGAGGGACAUACAUCAUACAUGAGAUGGUUCAUUAAUUAACACUGCAGACAUAUAUGGCUACCUCAUAUAUGAUGAAACAUAACCUCUCAUUAUUUUUAUUGGCUUUCAUAACAAUGCAACAACUCUGACUAUAAAUAACAAACACUAAUCAACAAGUCAAGAGACAACUACUAACUGAUUCACGAUCAACAAAUAUUGAUAUCAACUAACUUUUAUGUCAAACUGUGGCAGCACUAGAUUACUAAAAUCAUAGAUCACUCUUAUAAUUCGUUUAAAUCAAGUAUGAAGGCUUGCAGCAAAUACUUAGAUUAAGGCUGUCCUGAGGCUGUGUAAGGCUUUGUGUGUAAGGUAAGAGAAAUCCAGAAGCAUGCAGCAGAGGAGGCUGUUAGAAACCAGUUUGAAUUGUUAGAUAUGCACUAAUUGCACAAGGUGAAAUACUUUGACCUUUUAGUUAAACUGCAGUGUCUGCAGUUUCUACCAUCGACUGUUCACUUUUUGACUUUGAGUGGGCUGCUUUUCCCAGUUUAACCUGCUGGUGGAGCUGUUCCAGGAUGAGGAGAAAGCGACCAGUCCCACCGGCCAGGUACCCGGCACAGGAGGCCGGACCCGCCUCAGCAUCAAACCAGACAAGGGCCGCGACAAGAGCAGCAAGGAGCACAAGAAGACCGUCGGCUGCCAGGUUGAUUCCUCUUUUCAGUGUUUGUUUAUAUUUAAAUACAUGUUAUUAAUAUUUAUAGAUUCUAUAUUACAUCAGUUAACUUUGAUCAAUAUCCAGAUAUAAGGAGGAUUAUUUUGAUUAUUUGAUCCAGUUUUUGUAGAAAUGACUAUGAUACUUAGCUGAUAACAGUCUGAUAUAAAUAUAAUUUUACAUUUAGUGUUGAUCCAAUCAUGAUAAUGACUGUAAUGGUGGCGGUACGCUCUUCUAGUUUCGUAACUCUCUGCAAAUGCUGAUGGAGACCCUGAAUGCAACCACUCCACACUAUGUUCGCUGCAUCAAACCCAACGACUUCAAGCUGGCCUUCUCGUGAGUUUUCCUCUCUGGUUUUCACUUGCUAUUUGAGGGUUUUGAUUUCCCUUCAAUUUAUGAAUGAUUAAUGAUUAAUAUUGCUGCGGUCAUUAAAUGAUGCACCAAAUUCAUCUUAACUUGAUAGUAAUUAAUGGUGAUAGUAUUGACUCCAUAUGUUUGCCUGUGGUCGACAGGUUUGAUCCCAAACGUGCGGUGCAGCAGCUCAGAGCUUGUGGUGUUCUGGAAACAAUCCGCAUCUCUGCUGCAGGUUUCCCAUCCAGGUAAACAUGGCGCCCUGUAACACCACUACUGAUAACCACAAGCUUUUACCUGUUUUUACCAGCAUUUUCUACCUUUACCGUAUAGUACAGUAUUAUAUAAAUAAUCAUUAUGCAUGGAUUGACAUUAAAGUAUAAAUUGUCCUGAUACAGAGAAAGAAACAUUCUAUUAUUUUAUUAUGAUACUGUCUUUAUGUUGUUGCCUCUUUUUCAAUAAUUGGUGUUUGACUUAUGCGAUGCUAGACGCAUUUCCUGAAAGUUUAGCAUUAAAACCUAGGUAACACUUGCUCUCUUACUGCAUGUCUGAGAAAUUAAAUUUUUGAUAAGAUACUCAUAGAAAAAGCACUUUUUGCAGUAAUUGCACCAUAUGUAUGGAAGUCUUUGAUCGUUUUGUUUGUUCAAGUUUUGGGUUUAUCUUAAAUUUACUUAUCAGAUAGUAAUUAAAAGUUCAGGUCAUAGCACAUAUUGACCACCUUUUACGUGUGCGUCUCAGAUGGACGUACCAGGAGUUCUUCAGCAGAUACAGGGUGCUGAUGAAACAGAAGGACGUGUUAGCCGACAAGAAGCUGACCUGCAAGAAUGUUCUGGAGCGACUGGUGCAGGUUAGUCAAGAAGAAUGAUAUUAAAUCGUAUGAAGAUCAGAAUCAGAGUCAGAAUACUGUAUUUUAUCCCCAAGAUGGAUGGUAGCGGAGCUCUUAGAGUACAUACAUCUUAUUCUGUCCUUAUCGCCGUCUCACCUCUCAUCUAUUCUCCUGCACUCUCUCAGGAUCAGGAUAAGUACCAGUUUGGAAAGACGAAGAUCUUCUUUAGAGCCGGCCAGGUUGCCUACUUGGAGAAGUUGAGGGCAGACAAACUGCGUGCAGCCUGCAUACGCAUCCAAAAGACUAUCCGCUGCUGGCUGGCCCGCAAGAAGUACCUGCGCAAGCGCAAUGCUGCCAUCACCAUCCAGAGGUUCACCAGAGGAUACCAGGCCCGCUGGUGAGUGAGCUGACCCGCAUAAAUAUCUCCAUUCAGUCAUUCAGGCAGUGCAGAAAUUUGACACCUUUGCUCGAUAAGACAAUGCCCAGUAUAAUCAGGUAUCUAACAGGAUGUUGGAAGAAAUACAGUGAGAAAUUCUGAAGUUGUCACUUUCGGUUAGUGAAGAUGUUGAUGUCUUCUUUCAUCAGCCUGGCCAAGUUCAUGCGCCGCACUCAAGCCGCUACUACCAUCCAGAAGUACCAGAGGAUGUGUGUGGAGAGGAAACGCUACAGGCAGAAGCAGGCUGCAGCUCUGGUCAUGCAGACAAUCCUCAGAGCUUACAUGGCCCGACAGAAGUACCAGGCGGUAAGAAAGAAAGAAAGAAAGAAAGAAAGAGAUAUUAUACACGCAUUUAGAAUCUAAAAACUUUGCGCCUUUUUGUCAUGUUCUCCAAUCUCUUCUUCUUCUUAUUCUUCUCUCUGUGUCUGUCUGUAGUUGCUGCGGGAGCACAAGGCAGUCAUCAUUCAGAGGCAUGUUCGUGGCUGGCUGGCUCGCUGCUGGUACAAGCGCUGCCUCCUUUCCAUCGUCUAUCUGCAGUGCUGCAUUCGCAGGAUGAAGGCCAGACGUGAACUGAAGAAGCUGAAGAUCGAGGCUCGCUCAGUGGAGCACUUCAAGAAACUCAACAAAGGCAUGGAGAACAAGAUCAUGCAGCUGCAGAGGAAAAUCGACGAGCAGGUGAGCCGUCCUUAUUUUAUGUCCUCGUGCGUUGGUUUGAUUUUGUCCCAUGGGCUUUUGACUUUUCCGUUUCAUGACCCAUGACCCGUUUCCUGUUUCUAGACCAAAGAGAAUCGGUCGAUCAACGAGAGGCUGUCUGGUAUGGAGAGUUCCUUCACUGCAGAGAGCGAGCGUCUGCGUGGAGAGCUGAAUCGUUUGAAAGGAGUGGAGGAGGAGGCCAAGAACAAAACCAACCAGGUCACCUCGCUGUUGGAGGAGCUGGAGAGGCUGAGGAAGGAGCUUAGCACCACACAGCAGGAGAAGAAGACCAUCGAGGACUGGGCACACACCUACAGGAACGAAAUGGAGAAGGUAAGAUGGGAACCACAAGUUUAUCUGUCCUUAUGUCUGAAAAUAGUUGUCCUUAUCCUCCUUCUUCUAGUAUACAGUAGAUUUCCACGUCCAUGUUGUCCUAUUUUUUUUUCCUUACCACUUGUUUCACCUUAACUGGUUUCAGAGACGAUUCCUGAAGCAUCGUUCCUGUUUUUAUCCUUUGCACAACAACUCAGAGAUUUGACUUGCAACAAAACCUCCAACCUCCCAAUUUUAGAGAGAUGGUAAUAGUUAGCAGCCUGUAAAGUAGUUUAUACUCCACAGACUCCCAGAGUUUUCCUCAAAGUAUAUCUUGCAUAUUUUACAAAAUAAAGUCCCUGAAUAAACAUGCAUGCUGACAUCAAAGGGAAACCCUUUCCCCCUGAUUUAGGAGCAAAUGCGAUCCAGGAGGAGAUGUGCAUAUGGUGAGCUCAGGGGGCAGUGUUUACCUGAGUCAGGUGAGGGCAGGAGAGAAAGUAGAUUGGUUGGUUAUAGCCACUGACCUGUGUGUAGUACGUCUAUUUGCUUCCUACUAGUAGCCAGUGACCAACAUUUACAAAAUAAAUGUUUGUCACUGUUGGUUUACAUGAAAGUGCUCGUUGUAGGAGUGAAGUCUGAGUAACAGAUAACAUUUAUAGAUGAAGUGAUGAGACAACCUAAGUGAUCAUCCAGUCCAAACACAAACCAGCUUUACCUGAUAUUUCACUUUAGAAACUCUGUUUCUGUCUGUGUCUGUGUCAUCCUGGCUGUGUGUGUAGAUGGUCUCAGAGCUGAAGGAACAGAAUGGUUCUUUGAAGAAAGAGAAGGACGACUUGAACAGAUUGAUUCAGGAACAGAGUCAGCAGAUGACAGGUAAAAAAAAAUUAAAAACCUGAUAAAUCAUACAGAUACACUCAUCAUUAUGUUUUCUUUGUUAAAACUUUUUGAUCUGUAUUUUGUCCCAUCAGAGAAAAUGGUCCGUGCAAUAGCACAGGAGACUCAACAGCUGGAGACAGAUCUGAACGAGGAGCGCUCUCGAUAUCAGAAUCUCCUGACAGAACACCUUCGCCUCGAGGAGAAAUACGACGACAUCAAGGAGGAGAUGGCCUCCUCGGUGAGAAACACAUAAACCCUGUCAAUUAGACUUAGCUUAAUAAGACCAAUCUUUAGUCCUACUUGAGGUAGUUGCAGCACCACGAUAGAGAAAUUAAUAGAUAAAUAUUUUUUUAAUUUGACCUCUCAUUAAAUAAGAUAUGAAUAAAUUAGGUCCCAGUACUGACCCUUGAGGCCUACCACAAGUUACAUUUUUAAAAAAUGUGAUUCAGUGUCAUUAAUAUUGACGUAUUGUUACUUAUUUGUUAAUAACUUUCUGACUUUUGUCUUACAUCUUUUUUUUCGAAGAGUUUUAAUUUCUGCAGAAGUCAUGUGUGAUUGAUCGUGACAAACACUUUGUGUAAACCAAUAGCAAGUUUAUGUUUUUCUUUUUGUCAGUAUUAUAUAAUGACAGAUGAGUUUACCAUGACAGCAGAAAGCAAAAAGAUUUGUCUCUAUUGAUUUUAAAGUUGAAUAUUUAUUUCGUAAUGCACCUGCAGAAUGUCUCCAAACCUGGUCACAGGAGAACAGAUUCCACCCACAGCAGCAACGAAUCAGAGUACACCUACAACUCCGAGUACGCCGAAUUGGAGGAAGGUUCCCGUGCUGCAGAAGUAAGAGUAUUGCAAUUAAGUAUUUAAAAGAUAAUAGAGAAUAUUAUUUGUAAUUCAGGUCAGGAAGUGUAGCAUUUUUGGCCUUAACUUUAACUGCUGGUAUUUUGAUACUUUUCCCAGAGGCAUAUUCCCAGUUUAACAUCUCUUUUGGCAUGUAGGAUGUGACUCGGGGUAUCGAUACUUCCCUGACACUCAAGCUGCAGAAACGUCUUACAGAGCUGGAGCAAGAAAAGCAAUCACUGCGCAACGAACUGGAAAACAAAGAGGAGCAGUUCCAGCGGGCUAGAGCCAGGGUACUCGGCUUUGAAAUAACUUUAUUAAGUUUAUGCCAUUUCAUGUCUGAAGCACUUUUACACACUUUAACCCUGCCCCACAAACCUCCUCCUUAUUCCAUUCUACUCCUCAUUUCAGGAUGAUGCAGAGUUUAAGAAAGCUCGUGGUGCAGAGCUGGAGUACGAGUCCCUGAAGGUGAGCACAAAAACACAAAGGGAACAACAAAGAUGACUUGUUCCAGUGCAGUUGGGUUUUUUUUGCCGUAGCUUCAGAGAGUCUUUGUUUUGACACUAAAUCCCUGAUGUGGAAUUCUUUCUCCCCUCCCAGCGCCAGGAACUGGAGUCUGAGAACAAGAAGCUGAAACACGACCUGGCGGAGAUGAGACAAAGCCUGCUGGGUGACAAAGCUACAGGUGCCGGGGCCCCUGGCUCACCUGCGUACAGGGUGCUCUUGGAGCAGCUCAAUGCCUCGUGUGAGGAGCUAGAAGUCCGCAAGGAGGAAGUGCUGAUCUUGCGCUCACAGCUGGUCAGCCAGAAGGAGGCCAUGCACCACAAGGUGAAGGGACAUUUCACUUUUUUAUCGUCUCUGUUGUCUCUCUAUUUGAAGAAGACUGGUACAUCCAUCACCACUUUGACAGUAUUUGGCUUCUCAUUAUCCACAUGAAGUGAAAUACCUCAGACUGAUGGUCAUGUUGUGCUGCUGUUCCUUCAAAUAUGAAGUUAUAUUUCGUAAAUGUUCCACUCCUGCUUGUGUUCACUGUCUUACAUUUGUCUGUUUGGUGUUUAAAUGUGCUUGCUUUUUGGUUUGUCGGUGUGUACACACGAAAUCCCCAAAAAUAAGAAUGAGAUCAAUUCCUUCCAAAUCUCUUUCAUUGAAUUUUUUUGUCAUUUUUAUCUCAGAUCUGAAAAUUAAUUCACCUCUUAGUAGUUAUUAAGGUGUUUUUCUAUAAUGCCCAAACUUAACAUUUCAGCUGCAAGUAUUAAAGACUGAUCGGACAUUACUCUAUUUAAAUUUGAAGUUUGUUCAUGAACUUUUAAGAAAUCCUGGAACUGUUCACAUUGUUUGUAGAGAAGUUUCCACUUUACCCUCACUGUGUCUAAUUCUGCUGUCUCCACCUUCUCUCCUCCAUCCAUGCUUGCCCACAGGAUGAGAAGGUACAGUUAAAAAGCAUCAUGCAACGCAUGCUUUCUUGCAUUUAUUUGUUUAUGUGUAUUUUUCACUUUUUUAUGUCUUGCACUGUAUGUUAAACCCCCUUCUGAUUGCUGAUUUCUGCCAGCUACUCUGGAAACAGCAUUCAGAGUAAUAACACUUUACCACAGGUGUAGAGCUUUUAUUGUUAAAAGAUUGUCUUGCACACAUAUUUAGUUACAAAGAAAUGAUCUAGUUUGUGUCGCUAUCUCUGAAGGAAGGCGAGCUAGCUAACAGUGACACAAGUUUUUCUCCACCAGAGGAUUAGCAUUUAGUUAACAGAUCACUGAAAAUAUUUUUAAUUCAACCUUUGUUGAUAAAUAAUAAAGUGACAGCCCAAGCAGCUUAGUUUAUGUUUUCGUCUUAUGACUGUUAACGCUUCAUGCUGCAGCUGUCCACUAGAUGGCCCUCUGAGGCCCUCAUGUGGUCGUAUUUUCACUUCAGUGUUUGGUUUUCUACAUCCUAAUGGUGCAGAAGAGCCCCUGAAUUUGGGAAACGUUAAGCUGCAGUCACAGAGGAAACACAAUCAGAUUUUUAGAAUAUGGUGGUUUACAUACAGACUCUGUCUUCCCUGGGUUAUAUGUUAUUAUCGCACCUGUAUCAUCCUCUGUCUGAGUGUUUGCAUGUAUGAGCUUACUCUGUAUCUCCAAGAAUUUUAGACCCUAUGAUUGAUGCUGAUGAAUUUGAGUCUAGAUAUGUUAGCUAUGACAUGUAUAAAGACAGGGUUUUUAGUAUAAUAACGGAACUGACUGAACUUGCAUGUGCUUCAACAAGAUGACAACUCGCUCUCACGGUGCCAGCACAGGGGCUUGUGUCUGCACCUCAAGUUAACCUUUCUGCUCACUAAACAUAACAAUGUUAACAACAGCUUCAGCCACAUAGUCAUCCAGAUAUUCUUGACUCCUUCAUGCUUCAUAAAUCUGAUCUUGAUAUCAAACAGUCACAUGAACCCUGCUCAAAUAUUUUGAUCACAAGUGACCUCAGACCCCGGGGUAAACAUGUAUCCGCUGAUGCUCAGGUCUCAGCGCUGUCAGCUUCUACACUGAGCACCUCUUGUCUCCUGAAAGCUGUAUUAAAAGCCCACCACUGUGAAGUGACAUUCUCCGCAGAUAGGCGGCUGUCAUAGAGGUCUCAACUGAUGGCUUGUAGGCUCGUACUGGCUGAUGACUGUCAGAGUAAAAGGACAACAGUAGCCAGAAGCUACACUGAUGCUGGCAGGGAGUCAACAUUACCCGCUGAGAAAUCACAUCCAUGAGACCAUUCAGACAAGAUGAUGUUGUUCAUGGUUCUGCUCAGCUAGCAGAGAGAUCACCCUCUGACCGUGGUCCUCAUCUAUUCUCUUUUUGUGUCUACUUUUUCUAGGAGACCAUGACUGAGCCGUCCAUCUAUGCUGAGGACGUGUCCAAACUAAAGGACGCUGACGAGCUCAAGCAGGCCUGCAUCGGCCUCAAAGACACCAACAGGUACUUUGUCACAUUUAGGACUCCUCAAAGCCUACAGGUCCUGACUUUUAUCAGUGUCAAAUGAAGUCUGAGCUCUAGGUCUGUUGUCUGUCGUUUUUCCUACUCUAGCUUCACACUUAGUUCUUAUUACACCAUUAUUAUUAUUAUUAUUACCAUGUUAUAAACGUGUGUGUAUUUGUGAACGCUGCCUUGUCCCGUGCAGAUCUCCAAGGUUCAUGCAUAAGCCGUUGGAUGUCAAUGAGCUCCUGAGUAGGCUGAGGUAACCAAAGGAGACGUGGCCUAUGCAUCAUGGAGCAGAGCAUGCAUGGCCACGCUGACGCCAAACAAACAACUGAUGCUCCUGAAGCAGUUACUCAAACAGCUGAUUCUUCCAAACAAAGCUUGGGGAGCUUUGCGUAGCAUUUUUGGCCUAACAGCAUGUCUGAUAGAAGCAGUUCCAGCAAAGGUUUAGGUCUUACUUGUAUUCUAUCGGGCUUGGUUUACUAGUAUUCAGAGUCCAAGAAUGGGAGGCUUUGUGGUGUAGUUCUUAGCUGCAUAUCCCUGCAUGGGUUCAGCAUGAAAAGGAGAGUUUCAUAGGUAUGAUAAACCUUCUUAAUUCACUCAAAAGAAUGAUAAAACUGUGUCCUCUCGGCUUCAACAGCUCUGGUCUGGUUUUGGAGAUGCUGCAGAACUUUAUAUAGCAGUAUUUACAAAAUGUGCAGCAUGAAAGCAUGGAAACUUCUGAACUGCAGAGGUCCUGCGUCAUUUUGGAUUCAGUUAAUUCUAAAUGGCGGGCGGAUAAAUAACAAGACUUCUUCACAGGCUGAUUUUCAACAGUGACAGAUUUGCUCCUGAUUGUCGGAGGCCUCUUCUCUCAGUUUAAUGGAAUGAGUUUGGCAUGAAAAUCCAUAGCAUGAAAGCCCAUUGUGUUUGUUUUCUUCUUUUCUGUUUGUUUGUUACAGCAGAGAUACACAGCACACAUUUCAUAAAUGGAGUGUUGGUGCAUCACUGCUUUUAACCCUCUGUUUCUCCCAUGUUGUUCCCUUUAUUACAUGCAAAUGAUUUUUGUACAUUCACACAUACCAAGAGCAGACAUCAUUGGAGCGUGUAGUUUACAGAUAGUUUCAGACUCCACCACUGUUAAGCUCAGCAGUGUGAUAACUCACAAAGCAAAAAUGAAUUCGUUUGUUGAAACUGACUCAGUUUUGAUAGUCCUUAAAAUUGCCAAGGGUUACAGCACAUCCCAUACCUAGUCAAAAAGUCACAUCUAAAUUACACAAAUGAGAACCCCGAACCACCAAGAAGUAGAUAAUAAUAAUAAUAAUAAUAAUAAUAAUAAUAGGAAGAAGAGUUUUAUUUAUUUUUAUAUAAAUAUGUAUUUAUUUACUCCAAAUUUUCUGUAUUUUAAAUUUUUUUUUUGUAAAGCGUCUCUCAGCACCCAUAAAAGCAUGUUAUAAAUAAAAUUCAUUAUUAUUAUAAUUAUUAUUAUAAUUAUUAUUUAUACAGCACUUUUCUGAAGCAAGUUAAAAAAUCAAUUAAAAUCAAAACAAGACAAAUAAAAAUGUUUGUGAUAAAGCAGUAUACUCAUAAAACAAGUUAUCUUGAACGCUUGAAACAAAUAACAAAUCACAACAGAUGAUUAUGGAGUAAGAUCCAAUACUGGAAUAAAGUAUAGAAAACUGAGGAAACAGGCAAGCAGUAACACAAACUUGAAAUGUUUGGUCACCUCAUGUGACCAGUCAAGAUUUAGGAUCCAUUAGCAGAGCCCUGCUAGAAGACCUCAGACUGGUCUGGCUCAUAGGAAGUUAGCAGCUCACAGGUAAAGGCUGGAGCCUGGCUGUUUCAGGAUUUUAAAAAACAUCUUGUAAUCAAUUUACAAAAUCAAAACCACUGCUCGUGGGUAGCAGAUUCAGGGCAGCAAGGACUGAUGUCAAAUAAUCACUGUGUUAAAAGCAUGGCAGCAACAUUUCAAACUUAAUGUGGUCUAUCAAUGUUGUUGAUAGAUUAAGAGCAUUGUAAUAGUCAAGUCAAGGAGAAAUAAAUGCAUGGAAAAGAAGAGGAGGACAUAAAACUCCAGGAUCCAGGUCGUACAAUCUAAAGUGGCAUCACAUACACACACAGACAGCUCAGAUAAGGAUUUCCUUGUUGUUUUGUAUGUCUCCCUAACUCAGUCCAACCAUACCACCUUUUUUCUUUUUUUGUCAUCCUGUUGUUUAUGUUCCUUUGUGUUGUGUGUCGGUCAGAUCUGCCGCUCCAGACUUCCAUAAGCUGAAUGAGGACGGAGAGCUGUGGCUGGUUAAUCAGGGCUUAAAGGAAACCAUCAGGUGUAAAUGUGUUUUAAACACAAGCAUGAAUGUUUGCCUUUUCUAAAGACGAGGAUGCGUGCUGCUGAUUUUCUUCAUCCAGAUCUUUUCUUGCACUUCUAACUCUUAUUUGUGUGGGUGUAAAAGGUUGUUUCCAGGUCACAAAACUUGUUAUGUAACAGACAUCUAGACCAGCAGAGCAAAGGAAAGAUGUAACAAGUAGUUAAAGAGCCAAGUUGAUGAACUUUUAUGUGUUUUUGUCAUAUGAACUCUGUUUUCUCAUCAAACUGAGCUGCACCUGAUCGCAGCAGUACAAAAGUACAAUCCUGUGCACUAAGUUUUAACAAAUGACAGUAGCAUGGGUAGCUUUAAUUCCUAGACUCUCACAGUGUCACACUGCUCUGUAGUGCAGUUUCUGAGCCGUAUUAAAACGUUAGGAUAAUUGUUUUUCUUCUCACAAAUGUUAUAUAUUAUAAAGCAAUAUUUACUCGACUUAAUUUCAUAUAUUUCAGCAGGAUUUACCCUCAUCCUGUCGCCAAUAUUAUUCAACUUCUAAUGACAAGCUCCCAAACGACAGCUGGUUGUUAAAUUAGACAUGGACUGUAAAUCUAGCUCUUUCUAAUCGUGUUUGUAGAGUUUUAUGCAUUAAAUCAGUGACGUGUUCUGCCUUUCUUGCUUCAUAGAUUGGUUGUACCUCAGGAUUUGCUUUCUUCGAUUAUUAUCUGUUACCUUUAAACCCUCAGGCCCUCUCAGGGACAUUUUAGGUCCUAUCAAUCGUACAUGUUUGUUGUCAUGUUGGCGUUAAUCAUGUUGAGAUAAAGACAUCUAACAAAGGUGUUAAUUUUUAAUGAACUUUUGAAUUUGAUCAUCCGUAUUUUGUUGGCCAAAUUAUUGAUGUUAAGAAGGUCAUAAAAGAAAUGUCUCCUUAGACAAACAUCUCCUGACAUUUAGACUUAAGCAAGUCAAAAACUUUAAUACUUUAUUUUCAAAAAUUAAAUUUGUGAUGUUUUCUUAAUGUCAAAAUCACAUACUAAGAUAAUUUUAACAUGUCUUGAUUAAAUGUAGAGAACCAUUGAUAUUUUUUGCUGUUGAUAUGAGGGCGCAUGUGAUGAGUCUCUGAAUCUUUGUUAGCUGCUGGAAAGUAGGAAAACUAGUUGGUCCAACUUUCUCCAAAGCAAAAACUGGACCUCUGUAAGCUUUGCUCUUUUGCUGAGCCUGAUUUCUACCUUGAGGGUGAGCCCCUUGAGUUUUUAUUUCCGUUGGGUGUAAUGACUCAGCAAAGUUACAGAAAGUGUUCAGAGGGGCUGGGCUCAGGGCUGCUGGAAAUGUCUGCACAGCAUGCUGCUGUCUGCGUCACAACACUGUGGUGAAAACUUGAACUGUCUUGACUCUCACUGUGAUGCUAACUUCCUCUACUUUCCUUCUUUUGUUAUUCCAAAAAUCUCUCCCUUCCCUUUUCUCUUCCUCAUCCUCCACCUCUCCUUGUUUCAUCCUUUACAUGCUCAUCUUCCUCCUCUUCCUCCUCUGGCCUCUCUCUCUCUCUCUCUCUCCCUCUCUCUCUCUCUCUCUCUCUCUCUCUCUCUCUCUCUCUCUCUCUCUCCCUCUUGCUCUCAGGUUACUUGAGCACCAACUGCAGACUCAGCGGAGGAGUUACGAUAGCGAGAUGGAGGCUCUGCGUGGCGAGCUGCAGAACGUCAAAGAGGAGAACAAUCGUCAGCAGCAGCUCUUGGCUCAGAACCUUCAGCUGCCUCCAGAGGCUCGCAUCGAAGCUAGUCUGCAGCAUGAGAUCACCCGUCUGACCAACGAGAACCUGGUACGCUGCGGUGCACACAGACACACAACAGGGAAGCCUCAGAGAAUAUCAUGAAUACCUCAAUAAGAGUGAAGAUAGAAAAUUAGUAUAAGUAACAGUGAUUGUAGUUCAAAUGAUGUAUGAGUUUUAAAACAGAAAAACAAAAACUUUACAUAUGUAUACAUUUAUAGAUAUAUAAAAAUGCACAUGCACAAGUUUGGACAGAUUCUUGUGAUGCAGCUAACUAAGACGUUGAACAAAAUACGGAACAGAGCAAAGCAUCACUCUUAAUAACAGUUUUGUAAAAGUGGCAAUCGAACAAUUUUAGUGGGAGGAGGUACAUUUUUAUUCCUGUACGAUUCUUUUCUGUUUACAGCUCACAUAAAGGAUGUAAGAUUCUUUGUCUUUUAGGGACAGCACCUACAUUAAUAUGUUGUUAUUGAAAGUCUGAAAACUUAUUUUGGCAAAUAGCGUGGCUGUGGUUCCAGCAACUCCUGAGUUUUGAUUUAUAUGGCUUGUUUAUCAUUCCACAACCAGCAACCCCAGCGUCCACAAACUUACUACUUCUAUAGAUUUUCCCCACUGGAAAGUAUGGCAACGAUGCAAAAAUUUAAUGCAUAUGAGUCAUCUCACUCUCCUUAAGUCAAAUACAAAAUAGUCCUCCAUACAUGGAAGACGCUAGAAAACUGAUAUGAUUAGUUUAUCUUUUAGAUGAGUGCUUUGUUAUUCUGUUUUACAUCUUUAACAAAGUUUGACUCAUAUGUUUUACAUUCCCUUAUGUUCCUGUGAUCCUGAACCUCCCCUUCAUCAAAGAGACACACACUUACACGCAGCAUCAAUCUGCCACAUUUAGCUAACAUGCUGUCUCACAGUCUUCAGAAGGACAUACAGCCCACAUAGUGCUGAUUCUCUCACACACACACUCACUCAUUUGGAUGGUGUCACCUGACAGGAACUCCUGGCUGAAGACCCCACAGCGUCUCGAGAGGCUCGAGUCAUCAUUUUACGGCGGAUGGUUGUAUGUAGAGUUGCAGUGUGCGCGUGUGUGCGAUCAUGCAUGUGUGUUUGCAUGGGUUUGAACUAACUGAGGUUUGUGUGUGACGAGUGAAACAGCGCUGAACGGCUGAAUAGAUUAAACUCUUCACAGCAGUAACUCACCGCGGAGCUGCUUGGCACCUGUUUCUCUUUUCUAACAGCCAGCGAGUCUUUGCUCUCUUCUUCCACUUCCUCUGAAAAGUCAAUCGGGCAGAGCAGCUCUCAUGCUGAUUUAACUCCCUCUGUUUGUUUGGUUGUUACCAAAGCUUACACUUUACCCUGAGAACUCUUUAAAAUUUUUCCUCACUGUUUUAUCUCUUCUCUUUCCUUUGUGCCCACCUCUCUAUUUCUCCAUCACUUCCAUCCUUUUUUAGGAUCUGAUGGAGCAGCUGGAGAAGCAGGAUCGAACCAUCCGCAAGCUCAAGAAACAGCUGAAAGUUUACUCCAAGAGGAUCGGAGAGAUGGGAGGUACAGGAGAAGUCAUUAGUCAGCCGAGGCUUGAGAGUCUGUGCAUAUAAUGUUCCUGUUUCAGUGCUUUGUCAGGGUUUUUUUUUCUUGACUGUCAUGUUGUUUGUUUCUCUCAGCGGGUCAGACGGAGGGCCAGACAUCUCCAGGACAGAUGGUGGAUGAGCCAAUUCAUCCUGUCAACAUUCCCCGCAGAGAGAAAGAUUUCCAGGGGAUGCUGGAGUACAAGAAGGAGGAUGAGCUCAAGCUGGUCAAGAACCUCAUCCUCGGUAAGUACUGAUUACAAAGAGCUAAUAACAGUAUUUUAAAUUAAACAUCUAUAAAUCUCAAUGAAGUUAUUCAGGGCCCUAUUUCACAUAACCCUGAAUUGAAGUUCAAAGUAAAAAAAUCACAUUGAGAAUUUCCUCCAAUGUUCCCCUUUGUCCAUCACUAAACUCAUGUACUCCUCUCUGUAUCUACAGAGUUGAAGCCUCGUGGUGUAGCCGUAAAUCUGAUCCCAGGUCUGCCAGCUUACAUCCUCUUCAUGUGUCUAAGACAUGCAGAUUAUGUCAACGAUGAUCAGAAGGUCCGCACUCUGCUCACCUCCACAAUCAACAGUAUUAAGAAGAUCUUAAAGGUUUGUAUAUACGUAUGUGUGUGUGUGUGUGUGUGUGUGUGUGUGUGUGUGUGUGUGUGUGUGUGUGUGUGUGUGUGUGUGUGUGUGUGUGUGUGUGUGUGUGUGUGUGUGUGGCAGUGGUACAUGCAGGAUGAUUGAUGACAGGAUGAGAGUUGUAAUUAGAGCAAAAAGUGAGAAAAUAUCCAACUGUCUGUAGAGUAAAUAUUUCCACUAAUACAUUGAGAGAUAUUUUUGUGAGAUUUUCCCACUUUUAGAGUGUCUGAGAAAGAGUUCAAGUAAAGACUCUUUCAGGCUGAUUUACUGGCUGCUGCUGACUGACUGACUUUCCUUACAGAAACGAGGAGAUGACUUUGAGACAGUCUCCUUCUGGCUGGCUAACACAUGUCGCUUCUUACACUGUCUAAAACAAUACAGCGGAGACGAGGUAAGAGGAACAUACUGACUUUUAAAUUCAGAAACUGUUAAUUUGUGAAAUUUCUGUUUCUAGAAGUAGAAGACUUUAAAAUCAUAAUACCAAAUACAAGAUGAAAAGCUUUUAUUCUGAUGUUUUAGGAAAAAGUUUGACCCAGUACUCACUAAAGGCUGCACAUAAUUAUUCUCUCCUCCAGCACUUUUCUACAGUUUACAGUUACAACUCUGACCUUUUUUAAUCGUUAGAUUCACUUACAAAAGCAUUCCAAAAAGCAGACAUAUGCAUAAUUUACAAGUGUUACACUGACAGCAAGUGCUCUCCUCUGAUUUAAGUCAAUGUUUAUAAAGAAAGUAUUUGAGACUUCCAAAAUCUUUGUAUCUAAAUAUAAAAUUGUGAACUCUACUGGUCUCCUACAUUCAACAUUCAGUUUAUAGUUUUGACAUUUCAAACUGCACUGCUCAUGCACAAACCCUUGGGUCCUAACAUUUCCAUACUGUGUCGGUGUGCCUCAGGCUUUCAUGAAGCACAACACAUCGCGGCAGAACGAACACUCUCUGUCGAACUUUGACCUGGCAGAGUACAGACAGGUGAUCAGUGACCUGGCCAUCCAGAUUUACCAGCAGCUGAUCAAAUGCAUGGAGAACAUCCUGCAGCCCAUGAUAGGUGCGUGCUACACGAAAGUAAUCACAAAAGCUGUUUUAUUUUGUCCACGAACAUGCAUUUGCAUUAUGUGCACAUGUACUGACUGAAUUUGUGUGUGUGUGUGUUGCCUGCAGUCUCUGGUAUGCUGGAACACGAGACCAUUCAGGGUGUGUCCGGGGUGAAGCCCACAGGUCUCCGUAAGAGGACGUCCAGCAUCGCCGAUGAGGGCACCUACACCCUGGAUUCCAUUCUGCGACAGCUCAGCGCCUUCCACUCUACAAUGUGCCAGCAUGGCACCGACCCCGAGCUCAUCAAGCAGGUGGUGAAGCAGCAGUUCUACAUCAUCGGCGCUGUCACCCUUAACAACCUGCUGCUGCGCAAAGAUAUGUGCUCCUGGAGCAAAGGCAUGCAGAUCAGGUAGGGAUGUCGCCGCCUGGGGAGGAGCACCAGAGCAGAAACAGUCUAAUAUUUCUCCUGUGUUUGUUUUUCUUCGGUCUCAUCCACAUAUUUGAUCUAUGCAGGUACAACGUGAGCCAGCUUGAGGAGUGGCUCAGGGACAAAGGCCUGAUGACAUGUGGAGCCAAAGAGACCCUGGAGCCUCUUAUCCAGGCCGCUCAGCUGCUGCAGGUGAAGAAGAAGACUGAUGAGGAUGCUGAGGCCAUCUGCUCAAUGUGCUUGGCCCUAACUACUGCUCAGGUAAACUGUCCUGCAACUUCGCACCAUUUACAUGCUUUUUUAAUCUGUUUAUUGGCAUUUUCAGUUUGAGCAUAAACAAAUCACAUCUUGAAUAAAUGUACAUAAUGAAUCCCCCCAGUCCCUUAAUCACCUUCUCAUGUUCCCAGAUCCUCUAAAAGGAAUAAUAAAAUAAAGUGAAAAAUAAAUAGAUAAAUAGUAAUAAUAAGGAUAAUAACAAAGAUAAAUUACACUGUAAGUUAUCCUAAACAUACAAUGUAAAGAAAGGUUAUUGCAAAAAAAAAAAAAAACAGGGUCCAGAAGGAGAAAUACAAAUUAAAUUGAAAUAAUGGGGAAGAAAAUAAAAGAAAAAAAAGAAAACCUACACAUAAAUAAAGCGCAAUAUUCCAGAUCAACACUGUUCACCAAAUGUGCAGAUUUAAGUACACAUAGAUUUAUGUACACUCUUCACCAUUUACAUGCGUUAUAAUUAUUAUGACUCAUGCAUAACCAAUACUUAUAAUCUGUGUCUUAACCUCUCUGUGUUAUGUCUCCCUCAGAUUGUGAAGGUCCUGAAUCUCUACACUCCAGUCAACGAGUUUGAGGAGAGAGUAUCAGUUGCAUUCAUACGAACCAUACAGGUAAUGAUUCACACCACAUGUACUGGCACCAAACUGUUUUUUUGGAGAUUGAAGUGAGUUAUUUAAAGCAGCACUUUACAAAUAACUGAAUGUUCUAUCUACUAUUAAGUCUAAAUAGUGGUUCAAUUUUAAAUAAAUUCAAGCAGAUAAAAAAAUGCAUCAUCGUUUUUUGUUGCUCUUUGGUGCCACGUCUCCUGGGGUGACUGACAGAUAAACAAAAGCAAAAGUGAAGCAGGUUCAUUUAUAGCAAACAGACCCUGCCAAUUGAUCUUAGUACAAAAACACUGUAAGUGAAACAAUUUGAGCAUUUUUUUCUGACUGUGUAUUAAAUCUCAUCAUCUGAUCUGCUCUGUUUUUUCCUCAGACUCGCUUGCGAGACCGAUGUGAGAGUCCUCAGCUGUUGAUGGACACAAAGAUGAUUUAUCCUGUCACCUUCCCGUUUAAUCCAUCCUCACUCGCCCUGGAAACCAUCCAAAUACCCACCUCGCUCAACCUGGGAUUCCUCACCCGUGUGUAAACAAAGGCCCCGCAGGACGGCACAGAGUCAUGAAGUGAUCCUGACACAUUGGCCGCAGUUAGAAUCAAAAGUCACAUGACACACUCACCGGCCCAAAAAAACACUUUCCCCAUAGGUCAAGAUACAAUUCUGAAUUAUUCUGAAUAUCACAAAUUGAAACACAGCUAGGAUUGCACCAACACAUCAGAGCAAAUACAUCUAAAGAACAGAAAGCUCCUCAAUCGAAACCCUCUGUCCUGUACCCUUAAUAAAGUCCUGGUCUGAACAAACACACGCUGAGCUGUCAACAUACAUCUGUAUAAUACUUACAUCCUCUGAUCAUACAUGUCUACACUCAUGUACACUCUCACUAUUACAAACGCACAGAAACACACACACACACACAAUCUCCAAUGUGAACUAAAUCUGGUAAAACAACAUCAAUCUACUGCUUGUACAAACGCCUGCCUGUUAGAGAAGCGACAGGACCAGAUCAAAGCCUCCGGUCCUCGCUCUGCCCCCUACACCAGGGUCUGUCUCAGUGGUCUCUACCCCCCAACUCCCUCCUCUAUGUCUCAACUAGUCGUUCAGAUAGUUCUUCUCGCCAUUGUCUCGUUCUCCGAUGAGAAUGUACACACACACACACACACGAUGCACACAGGAGCCCUGAGAGGAGGCGCUAGAGAAACAGGCUGAUAUGUUGAGUUAAAGUGAGUCCCAGUUCAAAAACCAGCAGAGGGAUACGUGCUGAAGUUAGCUCUCUCCACCACAUGUUGAGGUGACCUGGACCAGGCUGUGUUGUCUUCGUCUUUUAACUCUCUGAUCAUGGUCGAGCCAAGACAGAGCUCAUCAUCUGUACAAUAUUAUUUAUACAUAUAUAAAUAUAUAUAAAUAUCAAUAAUAUAUAUCAUGUAUUUUAUUUAUUGCAUCAACUUCUGACCCACCUUUUCCUUUCCAAGACUAGAAGAUCUCUCUCUCUCUUAAUAUGAAGGAUGGGACCGUCAUUUCCCAAGAUGAGCAGCUGCGUUUGACAGUUUUAGUCGGUUUAAAUAAAUUGUAGGCUAUUUAUGUCAAUAUCAGGUAAUUAUGAAGUAGUUUACUUAGUGUAAGGAUUGCCGGCACAGAUUAUGAUUAUUUAAGUCUUGUCUUAACUUAGAGAUGUUGCUUUAUCAUGUUUAUCCUGCAUUUCUAGCAGAUGAAAGUGAAACUCAGAAGGUACAAGGUUGAAACUGUCGAAGGUUUGACCUGCUUCACUCUGAACUGUUUACAGCUGUGAGCUCAGCAUCACAGGAAGAAACACUGGCACAAAGAUACAUAUCCACACAUACACACAACAUUACACUCUGCUUACUGCUGUAUCACCGCGGGGUUUGCACUCCCUGCAUUUGUUUUCUCUGUAUAUUUUCUGGUCGCAGCUCGAGACAGAGCUUUAAACUGUUUUACUAUUACCAUUAUGAAGCUGUUUAUUUUCAGUAUUGUCAUUUCCUUGCGUGUCAAAGUUGAGUAUGAUGGAAAAGCCAUGAAUCACUGAGCAGAAAGAUUCUCUGAAGUUAAACGAGGAAGAGAGCCUCAAAUCUGUCCUGCUUUACCACAAUGUCAAAAGCUUUUGUUGCCACCCAAACACUAACUGAGGACUGACUCCUCUCUUCUCCUCCUUGACUCCUCUUCUCUUUGCCUUUUUUUUUGUUUGUCAAGGAAGCACAAUACGGGCUGUUAUAACCAAAAACUACAUAGUAUGAAAAACAGUGGCAUUCUCCCUCAUUUCAAUUUACCAUCAAGUUUACGAUUAUCGACACGUUUGCCUCUCAGAUUGUUCUGGUUCAGAUAUCCAUGUAAACUUGGUUCCUCACUACACCUCACCUAUUAUUGCACCAGUAUGGUCGCAUCUUACCUGAGCUGGGUUUAUUCAGACUUAUGAGGGAUUAAAACAUUGCCAGCAUGCUUUUACUGCUUUUUCUGUUCGGUACGGAGAGACAUCGAUGUAGUUGAGGGUCAAUGGAUGGAUGUCAGAAUCAGCCCCCAUGUUAACUCCAUCCUUUCUGCCUCCUGUUUCGCACUUUUUGCUCGUUUACUUCCUGUCGUGCCAUAAGUAUUAACCGCCAACCAAUUUUGCCUCUCGCCCUCAUGUGAACCUUAUUUCUGCCUUACCUUAUCCUGUCAAAAAGAGCUUUUGUUGUUGAGGUGCUAACACGUAAAGGAGAUCAUGAUCGGUUCUUAAUGUAACUUGUUGAUUUUAGAAAAGAUUCAAACUGACCAAGGAAGCAUCGAUCAAAAUGUUCCUGCUUACCGUCGCGUUAAGUCAGGAGUGAGCUACAGACUAAAACAAAUUGUACGUGGGGUAAAGAGACUAGUAUGUGAAGGUGAUUUGUGUUGCACUUGUUUUAUUUGAUUUCCAUUUUCUUUUAUUGGGACCACGUGCGAUCAUUUUGCUUUUGUUAUUUUGUUUGGAUCAUUAGAUAGAUGAAAGUGUGCUUUGUGUAAAGAGAACAUAUCUGCUGGUGGUAGAGCGUUUAGGUGACUGAAGGAAUUAACAAACCAUAUGAAUGUGUUCAACGUGUUUUUAGCUGCACAUUGUGGACAAAGCCUUAUCUGAAUUAUUUGCUAUCUGAAUGACAGAAUCAACAUUGUUUCCUUCUGUCAGAGUAGUGUUUUGUUUUUUUCAUUGUUGAAUAGAAAUGAAAUGUUAAUUGUGAUCAUAUUUGUUUUGAUAAGGUGCAUUUUGUCCCACAGUUGCUGUCACAGAUGGGUUGCACUUUUAGGUCAUCGGUCAAACUGCACUUUUUAGACGUUACCGGGGAAGUCGGGUAGAUGGAUAUGAACUGCAAAAUAAAAAUACAUGAAAGAGUCCUUUAAUUCCCACGCCUUCAUAAUGUGCAGCCUGUCAAGCUUCCUCCUGCACAUUUCCCAUACUGUUAUAAUUUUUGUAGUUAUUCUUCAUCCUGUUUAACUCAAACCAUUGGUGAAAUUGUGCCACAGGUUCAGAGAUGAACUCUUGUGGAUGCAGCUCCAGACUUGUCAGACUUGUGGACUGAUGUGCUAAGAGUACAGAUUGGAAAAGGCUGAUAAAAGUAGAAUUAAAAACAUUUUCAUUCAUUGGUUUGUACGGUUGAGCAGCACUGCGGCUUCUCUCGUUCACCCAGACAGGAGAAAACUUCAUUCCUCAACUCUGCAUCUCUACAUGAAGGAGAGAGUCGGUUGUACGAUAUGACGUUGACAUUAUAAACGAUCAUUGUUCUUAUCAGCACUAGCGUUGAUUGUGCCAUUUUAAAAAUAAUUGUGAAAAAGAAAAACACUUUAUCAUCACUCCAGCUGUUACUGUGGUUUACUGGUGUGAACAUACUGCAGCCAGAACCAGAUGUUUCCUCUCUGACCCAUGUGUACAUUUGACAAACUGGACUGUUUGUAGUUUCUGGUAGCUGUGCUUAGUGAAUGUGUUCACCGUUAAGAAACUUGGAAUAAAUUGUUAAAUCUGUAAAAGUAAAAUAAAAGAACUCAGCACUGACCACC